AUGCACAAGCUGUACAUUGGGAAUCUAGGCGACAGCGUGACUGCCGAGGACUUGGGAAAAACCUUUGACGACCACAAGAUCCCGUACUCCGGACAGUUUCUCAUGAAAUCCGGCUAUGCAUUUGUGGAUUGUCCGGACGAUCAGUGGGCCAUGAAGGCCAUCGAGACGUUUUCUGGUGAGUUAAGGUGGUCUUCUGACCGUCAAAGAGCCCCGACCACCUUUAGUUUCAUUCAUUCUCAGGCAGGCAGGGAGCGGUGGUAGUCGCCGGUGCAGAGCCGCGGUAGCUCGCACACCUUCGCGGUGUGCCCCACUUUCCCUCCCCGUCCAGCCCCGAGGCUUCAGCGGGAUAAAAUCAUAUUAAAACAAUCAUUUUGGUUGAUCGCAGCUGCAUGCUGUGUGUGUGGAGAGCUCAACACCCUGGGGAGCCAUUCAACUUUUGCAGGGGGGAGGGACACGCGUAGUGUAAACGUAAAGCUAUACGGUAAUAUCUGAGCCUGUGCACGGCUUACUACCACAUAUUUAUGCUUUAAAAAAUUAAAAUCAUUGUGUUUUAUCACACUGAAGCCUGCUGUAAAUAAAGAGCAGCUGAUAUUUGAAUGAAAGUGACAUUUUGACGCCGAGCUCUGAGUCUGUAUACUGAGAUAUCGUGGAGCCUCGCUGCUCCCCUCCCCCUUUAAGCCGGCUACUGCUGCUCCUGCUCCUCUCUAUGACAAAGAUAGAAAUACCCUACCUCGUUUUUUUUCUACCCUAACACGUGCAAAACACUCCGAAGAGCCCACAGUAAUUAAAAAGCUGUCCUAAAGUUAAAGUCAGCUCCCGUUUGUCUGAUUUAGAAGCUACUCUCUUCUCCAUUUGCUCCAUUUGUAACGUGAGGAGUGAAGGUCGCCAUGCCUGUCAGCUCCUUCUGCAUGAAACCAACCGAACCCGAGCAGGACUCCGUGAUCCGGCUCCAUGAGAGUCCGAGUAGAAAUCAGAAUCUCAGGGGGUCCAGUCUGUAGAUCAGAACCGGGUCUCUAAAGGCUUUAAUUGGGUUCUAACGGUGCAGACGAGCCUCCACUCUGCAGCCAUGUUUGGGCCCUUUGAACCAUCAACCUCGGCCCCUUUUCCUCACACUUUGGUUUAAUUUCUUUAUUAAUGUUGGAGAUCUCUUCAAAAAGGGGGGUCUCCCACUCUUAGCUGUGUCCCCCAUAAAUCACCGAGCCCACCCCUUCCCCUCCAGGCCUGUAGGCUAGUAAACAGUUAGCAUGUAGCACUAUGAGUGUGGAUUGAACCCUCGUGUAUUCUGUUUUUUUGCAGGUAAAGUGGAGCUUCAAGGGAAACGGAUUGAGGUGGAGCACUCCGUCCCCAAGAAGCAAAGGUACUAAACACUCAUCAGCACCCCCACCCUCUCCACCCUCCCCAUAAAGCCCCUCUCCAUGCUGCAGCCCCUCUCUGAGGCCUUUCUCUCCCUCAUUAGGAGCUCAAAACCACAUUUUGCUGUUUGGUUCGUGUCUGGAGCUGCUGUUGGCCACACACGCGUGUUUGUGGUGUGCGUGGAUCUCUCUGAUGGUUGUGUUGACGCUGUUUGGUUGUCGCCAUUGCUGUAAAGUGGACUGUGACAGUUUGAGCUCUGCAGCUGGUUCUGGUUCUGGUUCUGUUGGUGUUGGUGGACUCUGGCCUUUUAGCUAGCGUGGGUUCUGAUUUACUGUCUCGUUUUAACCCACCAUGACACUUUAAUUUAAUACAACAUAAAACAAAAACACCUGCUGCAGGACAGUGUGUGUUUGUGGACGAGUGUGUGUGUUUGUGAGAGUGUGUGUGUGUGUGCUGUGGACGUGUUUGGAGUUGUGGGUCACUGACACUUAAUUUCCAAUCAUGAAAAAAAAAAAACCUGAAAUAAGCGAAACUGUUGUUGAAUAUUAGUGUUAAAUUCAGAUUACACACGUCUGUGCAGGUAAAAACGGUGAAAUAAACACUAAAAACUCGUUCUGGUGGAUUUACGUCAAAUUACGUCUGUGUGGAUUAUUUAUUUAUUUCAGUUGUGGACAUUUUUAGUUAAAUUGAAGACGUUUUCUGAGAUUAAAAGUGAAUUAUUUAAUUUUUAAAAAUUAUUAGAGGACCUCAAAUAUUAAUUUCAGCCCACGCCACGAGCGUGCGUGUUUGUUUUGUUGUGUUGAUGGAUAAUUUAAUUUUUUGUUGCUGUUUUAAAACAUUUUAGUGAAUUUUAAGUCUGAUCGUAUUUUGAGUGGUCGUGCCGUGACACAUACAGACGAGCUUUAAUCGUGGGUGUGGAAAAAGUAACCUGUAGCUCAGACACCAGUCUGUGGAUUAAAGUGGGCUCUAUGGCAGAUCAGCUGUAUUGUGCUCACAGUCAGACCUGACCUGAUUUAACAGUAUUAUAGAAACCAUGAUGUCUGUAGAAAACCUUCCUUCAUGGCUGUAACCUUUGGCACAGAUACGAGGUGAGCACAGUUCCGCCAUUACAGGCCACGCGUGUGCGUAAUUCACCACAGGACGAAAUAUCAACUAGAACACGGUCCUGUUGAAUUAUUUUCAGCUUUGGAUAAAUUGUUCCGUGUUAAUUUCAGCUGUGUUGGUGGAGUUUUGCGUUCAUGGCGCCAUAAAUUUAAAUUAAAGCAGAAUUUGUUGCGCCGUGUUUCGCCACGAGCGCAAAGGAUGGAGAGAUUUUGGGUAAAAAUCGCCUGUAGAGUUUAUAUGUUGGUUGAAUCGUGUUUUCAGAGUUUGGAUGUGACUUUGGGUGAUAUUUUGUACAAGUGUGUUGAAACGGGUCGCUCGUCCUGCCCACAGAGGACCGGUCUGUCUGCAGCAGGGCUGUCCUGCGCCCUCAUCUCUCAGCAGGGCGUCAAACUGUCACGUAGUUCCGUGUUUUUGUGCCCCACACCCUCUCCGAGCGGCCAUCAUGAUAAAGGUGAUUUGUGAGGAGCAAAAGGGGGCCACUGUGGGCGAGCUGAGGCCUUCCGUGGCUUCACAACACGUGGUGCGCCCACGCAGCUCAGAGUCACUCCACGUCAGACUGUGAGGGCAAAAUGGCGCAGCUCAGAGUGAGUGUUGAGGCUGCCGGGUUAUUUUCCGCUCUGUGGAGUUCCGGGUCUCCUCUGCGGCCCUGUUCGCCCCUCAGAGUGACUCCACUGGUUUUAUUUACUGGUCCCAGUGUCCCAGUUUGAUCAUUGAUAAGGGGGAGGGGGUGGGAACCAGUGGAGGCAGGUUUUGGGACCCUUUCUUAAAAUGGCCGCUCAUUUGUUGAACCAGAGAGAGUCAGUCUCUAAUUAUCCAAACGACGCGUCCGAUUGUUGCGCUUUUACGCGAUUUAGGAGCUACAGCGCAUGUACGAUGUUUAAGGUUAACAUGUCAGAUUAUAUCUUAUUUAUUUAAUUUUAAUGUUACUCCUUUUUUUGAACAACAGUGUGGACGUAUUUGUGAAUGAGCGUGGGUUUGAUCAAACACGUCCUCCGUGUUUUUACGGCGUGUUUUCUGUCUUCAGACACGUUUUUGUUCAUGUUUGCGUUUUUUCCUCUUAAAUCCACUUUAAAAACCUGCUCCUGGUUUUCUUCAUGUGUGUGUUGAACCCACUCUCUCGUUAUUUGGAGCAGAUAGUUGGGCUCUGAUAUGGAGCCUGAGUGGAGGUGUGUGUGUUUGCGUGGGAGGGGCGGGUCCUCACAGGGAACAAACCCUUUAUUUGAGAGGGGGGAGGGGGUCUCUCCUGUAAGGGUUCAAUUCCUCCUCUCUCUUCUAUAUGUGUUUGUGUUAAAGCCCCUGUAUAUGCUGCAGGGGGCGCCGCCCAUGGCCGCCCCUGACCCCCUGACCACGUCCACUGAGCAUGUGUGCGUCUGCGUGGGUUCGAAGAGAGCGAGCGCUGUACGACGGAGACUGAAGGGUUUUAAAUUACAGAGACAGUCGUAAUAUUCAUCAUGAAGUUGACUGAAAUGUGUGUCAGGCUGAGGUCAGCAGGAGUGGUCGAGGAGAAAAGGGGGGAGAGCGGGAGGAGUCGCAAGAGUGGGGGUCGGAUUGUGUGUGUGUGUGAGGGAGGAGGAGGAGGAGGGGGUCAUUCAGAGGGAACAAGCCUUCCUCUCUGGAGAGAAAAAUGUAUAGAAUUCCUGCAGAGAGAGAAGAAAACUCAGAGCAGCCCCCCACCUCAAAAAAACCCCAAAACCGUCCACAUGAUCCGGGCUGGAGGACUCGGACCCAGACCUCCACCUGGAGAGUGUGUAGUUUUAUAAAGACACAAAGAGACGACAACAAACCCAAACCUUCAUCAGGAUUUAUUCCACAUUUUUGUUCAGAGUUCAUGUUUUUCAGACCCGCUCCUCAGUGUCCCAGUCCACCAGUUAAACCAGUUUAAAUUCUGAUCUGACUCUCCCGCACCACUCCCCAUAUUUCCCGUAUUUUAGAGCAUCCAUGUCAGUUUACACACACACACACACACCCACUCUGUGCACUUGCUGUGUGUGUUUCAUGUGUGUGAACCGCUCAGUAGAGCCGACUGUGAACAGGAAUUUACGCCAGCGUUCAGGACGUACUGAGCAUGCUCAGUAAACCUAAUCCUGCAGGUCUGCUGCCGUAGACGUUCAUGAGAAGUCAAAGAUAUGAGGUUGAAGUUUCUAGAGCGGAUCAUCUGGAUCUGCAGGAAGUUUGAGAUGAUCGACAAAAACCUGUAAAAUAAUUAUUUCUUCUUAUUUAGUUCACAUGUAAAACGUCUCCUCAGCUUUUAUACUUCUGUACCUUCUGGUCUAUUUUCAGUAUAUUUACGGUUUAUUCACGGCUCAGUUUUCUCUUUGACUUUGUAGCAUCAACACCAGGAUCAGGGAUUCAUCUGCUAACCAAACUAACUCAUUAACCGGGUUAGUUUUGGUUAUUGUUGGUCAGUUUUUGCACGUGUUUGUCGUCACUUGAGCUUCUGCGGUCAGACGUUAAUUUUAGCAUCUUCUCCUCGUCGACACGUCGUUCUCUAACAUUUCUGUUUCCUGUCAAGAAUCAUGUUCAAGUUUUUCUCCAGAAUCAGAGACGAUUUUGUUCACAGAUUCUGGACUAAAGUUUGUUUUCUAGCUGAAGCAUCAAAAACCUCAAACUGGUAUUUUUAGUUAAACACCAUUUUGGUCAAAAACAUCCUGACUGACAGUUGUGUUUUAGAUUUUAGUUUAUAUGAUUCACUUCCUUUUAAUUGUCUGUAAUUUAUUUAGUUAUUUUUGCACAUGUAUGUCAUCGUCUUCUCCGUCAGCUUCAUGUUGGUCAUCAUGUCCUGGUGUAUUAUCGGAUAUUCCGACGUUCAUUCUAGAAUCUUCGUCUUUGACACGUUUAUUUGUCUCCUGGAUUAUUUCUUUUUGAAAUCUCAAGGUUGUUUGUGGAAAUCUCAUUUUGUUGCAGACAGAAAAAAUGUUGGUCCAAAAGCAGAAAAGUCCUAUAACGGGUUCUUUGUAGUUAUUUUUUUAUUCGUACAUGUUUAUUAUAUCAGAGAGAACCAGUUCAGUUCUGGAUAGAAGGUUUAUUUAGUUUCCUCCUUGAAUCCUGAAUUUGUCAGUUUCUGAAUUUUGUCCUGGAGUUUUUCUUGUGCAGGAUUUUAGGCGACAGUUCCCACACGCUCUAGAAUUUCAGUUUUUCACUCUGGUUUUCUUUAAAAAGUUGUUUUUAAAAUCUGCAGACGAGCGUCGUUGAGUUUUCUCCAUCAGCACCUUUUCUUCUGGUCACCACAUCCUGAAUUUGUCGUUUAUUUAGUCAGAAGUGCGGCACGUUUGUCUCUGUGACACAUCAUUUUGUGAACUCUCAAUGUGUGUCAUGAGGUGUGUUCAGUUAUUUUAGAUAAUUUUGCUGUAUUAUUGGUCAUGUUACAAGCAGCUGUGGAAAGUUGAUUUAUUGUCUGUGAAUUAAAGCAUCAGAGUCGGUAAACUAGUUAUUUUUAGUUAUUUUUAGUUAUUUUUAGUUAUUUUCUGCACAUGCAUGAAAUCCUCCCAGAGAGUAAAACAGUUUCUGCAGCGUUUUGGUGUCAGAUUUAUUCUGGUAAUGUUUCCUGAUUGACACUCUCACUGUGGCUUUUUAAGAUUUCAUAAUUUUAUUGACAUUGUUGUGAUAAAUUGAACCUCCACAUAAGCUGUGAACAUUUUCUUAUUUGCAGACAAACAGAGUUUAGAAAAAAAAGGUCUGAAAGACGUCCUCAAACAGGAUAUUUUUGUAUGUCGCUUUUGCUUGCGCAGCGUUUUGGUGAAUCCCCCGUUUGUUUCCCUCCUCUGACAGUCUGAAGUUUGACGGUUCGGACCCGGACUCUGAUCUGAUCCCGUAGAUUUGAGUCUGACGUCUGUUUGAAGCAGAAACACCCUCCAUGGUGAUGAACCGUCCUCCCUCUUUGUUGUCCUGAAGUUUGAGUCUGGUUGAGCUCCAGCAGGGUCACUGUGUGGGAUUGAACAUUUUUGGCAAACAGAAAUAAUAUUUUUGGUCUCAUAUAGAGACAUUAUGUAAGAUCCUAACCACAGUUUCAUGUCUUUAUUUGGUUCAGACUGAGAUUCUCUCUCACCUGCAUGUGUAGUUUUUAUAUAUCAGAGGGAGACGAUGAUCUUUUUUAAUUUUAAUGUUUAAAUGUUGAAAAGUUCAGCGUGUGCCGUUUGUUUGAGCUGCAGAAUAACUUAAAAAAAACCUCCAAGAUUCUUCAUCUGCAGCUCGAUUUCUGAUAAAAACAGUUUAUUAACUUCUGUGUUCAAACAUGUUCAUCCUGUCAGAGUGAGGAUCUGGUCUGAGGUCUGGUCUGAGGUCUGGUCUGGGUUGGAGGUCUCUGCUCCUCUGCUCCUGCUGGAGUCCUCAUGUGUGAUCUGAACAGGAGCUCAUGAUUAUUCCACCAGACUUCAUUCAAAAAACGUGCGAUUUUAGACAAAAGGAUCAGAUCUGAUCCGAGUCAGAGACAGAUUUUCAGAUUUGAUCAUGAGCAGGAGGAGCGUCAUGGUGGCGGUCUGCUGUCUUAAUCCUGGUUGGUAAUUCCUGCACGCUCCUCCGACAUAAACAUGUUUUAUUUAAAAAUACUGAGCAGAUCAGAGGAGCCUGUGUUUGAGGGGCUGGAGCAGCUGAAUGUCAGAGAGUGUGUGUGUGUGUGUGUGUGUGUGUGUGUGAGUGUGAAUCAGCCCUCUCCUUAAGCCUGUUCUCGCUCAUACAGCACACAUGUCUUUACAUCAGCCUGUAAUUCUCUCACGUUCAUGUUGACACAGUUUUUCUGACACUCGGCUUCGUCAGCGCUCGUCUCCGUCGCUCUUGACAUGAAGAUGAGAGAUAAUUCUGCAGAGGAGAUUGAGAAACUCGCCCGUUGGAAGAUUUAAAAUGUUUUAUUCUGACACAUCUACGGCCGUCGUUUCAUCCCUCUGCUUUCUUCUUCUUCUUCUUCUUCUUCUGUCCUCAAUAAUCUGUGAGUUUGAUAAAAACAAAAAGAAACACGAGUUUUCUGCUUUUAGAAACGUUCAGCAUGAUCGUUGUAAAUAUUUCACUCCUCUAAACUUCUGCAGAAGAUUCCCGCUCUAUUAUUGCACCUGCACAAAAAUCAAAUAGUCUGUAUUUGUGCAGCUAAACUCAGUUUGAACAGGAGUCUGUGAGCCGCAGUUUUCAUCUAGAGAAGUUUGUUUCUUCAGGACAAAAACCGUCUUUUCUGAGCAGAUUCUCAAAGUGGAAGGACUUUAAGUUCUGCUCAGUUUACACCGAUCUGCUGCAGGAACAUUAGAGGAACACACUCACGUCAUAAAAUCACAAACAGUUUUUCUGGAGACUGAGCUGCUAAAUGAUGAAACUGUCCUGAAUGUUUCUGCAGACGAUGGUCCUUCAGCUGAACCUCCAUCCUGCUCAUGGAUCUUCACCUUAGGAGCAGAUUUUGGUUCAGACCUCGAGUUCAGCAGAUCCAGGAUUCACCCAAAAACAAGACUCCUGAAAAUGUUCUGAACAGAAACAGGCCGUUUUUGUUUGUCAGGAAAAAGUCAGAAAAUUGUUCAGGAUCUCAGCAGACAGGACGUUAAAGCUGAUGGACAUGGAGGAACCGUCGUCAGAGCGAAGGUCUUUGUUUCUCCGUCACGCUGAUUUUGACAUCAUUUUCUCACCUGCUCUCUCGUCCAAAAGGUCGAGCACGUUCGGAAAUUUUAGGACCUAAUUUGUAAACGAGGUGAAGUUCAUUGUCAUGCUUUUUUUUCCUGGAAAAUUUCUGAAAGAUUCAGGACAGCUGCUCCUGAAAUUUUCCAGAUGUGUUCCUCAGAGUGUGAAGUCUUCUCUGUUGGAGAGGAGGAUGUAGAAACGCUGUGUCUGUGUGAAGAAGAGUUUGUCCAGGAUGGAGGUCGAUGAUGGAGGUUGAGGCAGAAACAGAGAAGCGGUUCUUUGUGAGCUCAGAGACGGCGUCGGUCACAUGAUGCACGAGAUCAUUCCAGGAAUUUAGCAGCUGUGUCUCCUGUGGGAAUAAUUUUAGGGAGGAGCAGAAAAAUCCAGGAGAAAGUCAGGACUGUGUUCAUGUUAUCAGAUCAUCCUGAAAAUGUCAGGAGUUUAAUAAACGUGUGAUUUCAGAGGAUAAUUUGUGUCUCAGAGUGAAGAGAAGCACCGACGAGGUGAUGAAGUUAAAAUAUUUCUCUGCUCUCUUUGGUUUCAGUUUUUUUUUCAGGACAGUCCUUCAGAAACAGAGAGAGCAUUUUGUUCUUGAGCUGCAGCUGCAUCAGCGGCACACAAACCGUACAGUCUGAUGAUUUUCAUCUGCACGCCUCCCUCUCCUCCUUCUUUACUCAUCUGGUCGUCCAAUCAGAGAAAAACCGUCCCUGAAUCUUCCUGCAGGAAGAAAAACAACGAAGCGUUUCGUCUCUGCAAACAGAGAGUCUGCAGGGCGGCUCUGAUCGAGACUGUUCACAUACAAUAACAUGUUAGAGACAGGUGUGGACAGGUGUGGACAGGUGUGGACAGGUGUGGACAGGUGCAGAGGUCGAGGACUCGGCAGAGUUUAAGAAAAUAUUUGUUUAAUCAGAUUUUUUUUUGUCUUUGUCCAUAAAAAUCCUGCAGACACAUCAGAACCUUGAACCUUCAUUCCUCUCUGUGACGCUCCUUCAGACUUUGUCGUUUCACUUUUCUGCACAUUCGAUAAAGUUUCUCUGGAAGUUUGAGAGUUUCUGAGUUUUUUGGGUUAAGAGGAAACGUGUUGAGAUCAGAGAAACACAGACGUGAUCUUCUGUCUUAUCUUUGUCAUCUUCAUGUCAUGAGAACUUUGUUUUUGUGUUUUCUUGAGAAAGAAAAUUUCUUAAAACUGAAAAUUGACAGUAAAUUUCCUGAGAACAAACCUCUUCAGACGAACUCUCCGGCUGUUUUUGUCAAAAUUAGUGAAGAACUUCUUGCAGCAGAGAGUUAAAGUUUCCUCCUUCUUCUCCCUCGCUCUGAUGUUUCUGAUGUUUCUGCAGGAUCAGGAGGUCGUGGCGUUCAGAUCGUUCUUAAAUCAAGCUGACUUCACUGUGUUGAAAUCUCAGAGUUCACGUCUUACAGAGUUUCCAUCUCUGCGUGUUCAGAAGUCGAUGUCAGCGUCAGCUUCAACCUGGUUUUCUGUGACGUUCAGGUUGAAGCUCCUUUUCUUCUCUUCUGUUGAGUUUACAUCAGAGCUGAAGAUCCCAAACUCUGUUCAUGUUUGGAAAAGCAGAAGAAAUGUCUGAGUACUUCAGUCUCGGUCUGAUACGUCGGUGUCGAAGAGCUCGUGUGCAUGUUGCUAAAGUUUCUGUUUCUACAUGUUAGAAAAGGUCAAAGUUCAUGGAUGAAACAUUCAGGUUUAUAAAGUGUUUGUCAGUCUGAAGGGCGUCUGCAGAAAAAGAUCGAGGAGUUUGUAGAAACUGACAAAUCUGGAGCUCGACUGAUCGUGAAAAUAAAAUUUUGAAUCAGUUCAUCGUCUCUCGUCCGCUCAGCUCUUCACCUCCGUACCUGUUUGUUUAAAGUCGCAGCAACUUUGUCUGAUUCUUAGUCUACGUUCACUCUGCAGGUUCUGAUGCACGAGUCUGAUUUUUUUGUUAAAUCCGAUCUUUUUGUGCGGUCGUUCACAUUACGACAAUGAAUGCGUCCGUGAAGUGACCUGCAUGUGCACAAAACAGGACGUGUUGUUGUGUUGUCGAACAAUGGUGACGUUUGUCGCAUAUUAAUGACGUAAAGGUCGGAUUAGAACAAAUCUGAACUGACCUGUUCACACUUAGAUGGAGACAUCAGAUAUGAGUCACAGAUGGUUAAAAAAUCAGAAUUGACCUGCAGUCUGAACGUAGCCUUUGACUCAAUGAUUCCUGAUCUCCGGUUACAGAUUCUGAAUGAACGCUCGGUCCAACGGUGCAGGUUUGUCCUGCAGAAUUUGUCGAUUUGCUUCAGAAACAAACUUUUGGUCGAUUGUCGCGGAGAGUCGUUGUGACCUGGACCUUCUUAUGAGCUUUAAAGUUCUCUAAAAACUAAAGUGACGGAGGGUUUGUUGUCAUGAGUGUUAAAUCACCUAAAUGUUCAAAUAAACUUCAUAAAAGUUUUAUUUCUACUCGACCACAGAGACCGUCGUCUUGCAGCGCCGUGUUUCUGGAGAAGCAGACGGACAGACUCGGGAUAUUUGUGCACAGAGGGUUUGUCGUUGUUGUGCGUAGAAUAAAAAAACUCCACAAAUAGAGGAUCAGACUUUCGUACAUCACAGGAGCUUCUUGUCCUCGAAGGCCGCCGUAGUUUCACCAACAGGAGGGGUGAGCAGGCGAUUGUCUCAGUCCCAAAUCUUCACCUCCAUCCUCCUUUUUUCGACCCCGCUGUAAACGAAGGUUUUUUAAAAACAAUCACAAAUUUCUACGCUCGUCCUAAAAAGUUAAAAGGCGAGUUUGAAAGAUUCAGUGAAAAACAAACGGAGACGGAGCGUCAGAGAGUUUUCAGUCUGUUUCUGAGAGAAGGAAACCGUCAGCAGCUGUGAGACGUCUGGAGAACCUCGAGGAAAUCCAAACCUGCAGACCAGCCGGGCUUUUGUUCUCCAGAGAUGAUUUUCCAACUCCUCUAUUCGUCCUCUAUUUAACUUUACUGGACAGUGAACGUCAGGAGGAGCAGGAAGGUCGUGGUCGGGAGGUGAACGUUGACCGUUCUGUUCAGGAGCUAAAAGUUUUAAACGCUGAGCUAAACGGCGCCUCGUUCACUCAGAUUGUUGAUGUGAAACUUCUUCGUAAAAGUCCGACUAAAGCGAAAGUCUGAGCGAAGAGUUUUCUCCAAAUAACGGACAGGAACUCUGAGUCUUGAAAACAGAGGAAGUCGAGUUUGUUUCGAAUCACAGAUCCGUCAGCGUUUCAACCACGCCGCUGGAUCGUUGCAUUCCUGCAGAGACCGGCGUUUUAGGCGUGUCGGAGGCGUGUUUCAGAUCCUGUGAUUUCAGAUGGUCGUGGAGAUGAUCUCAUUGUUCCAGAUCUGAGUCCUGGUGCACCUGCAGCCUCGCUCCGAAGUCUGAGAACGGAUCCUGCAGACGCCGCCGAUGUUUGCAGAAGAAGCAGAAACACGCAGAUCUGCUCCACUGACAUGUUUUCUUGACCUCCUGGAUGAGAUGAACGCUCAUAACCUCAUGACUCUCAUUCAGAGUGGGAAGCAGACGAUGGCUGCUCGCUCGCUCGCUCUCUCUCUCUCUCUCUCUCUUUCGUCAUUCUUCCUCCUCUCAUUUCUGCUCCUCUUUGUUGAAUCUUUCUUUCUCUGUUGCAUCCUGCAGCCGCUCUCCUUCUUUUCAGCUCGACGUGCAAAAAAAGAAAAAAGUGUGUUGCAGCUUUAAAUGCACUCUGAAUGCACGGUGCAUGUGAGGAGUGUGUGUGUGUGUGUGUGUGUGUGCGCAGCAGCAACAGAGAGGAAGAAAGAAAGAGGGAGAGUCGAGGGGGGGGGGGGGAGAAAGCACGCCAUGGUUCGUCUUCCUCGCCUCUCAUGGCCGGAGAGGAAGAGGAAGAGGAGGAGGAGGGGAAAGUGGGCGGAGGAAUCCAGGGGGGUGCGACCAAUCGUCUGGCAGCGGCACCUCCAAGCAGAGAGGGAGGGGAGGAGGGAGGCGGUCGCUUGGCGCAGACAGGAGAGGAGGCGAUGGGUCCUCCUCCUCCUCCUCCUCCUCCCUCCCUCCCUCCCUCUCUCUCUCUCUCUCUCCCUCUCUGGUCAUACUUUGAUUCUCUCGUUGUUUUCUUCUCUCCCUCUCUGGUACAGUAUGUCCACUUCUCUCUCCCCUCUCCCUUGUUUUCCCUCCCUUUUCUCCCUCCCUCUCCUGGCGUGUUGCCAUCUUCUCUGCACCAUUCCAGUGUUUUAGAGAGCGACAGAGAGAAAGAAAGAGACGGAGAAGAGGACAAAUCCACAUGCAUGUCUUUGAGAGUCGGUGUCAGACUCGGUUCUGGGUGUUUUGGGCUGAAAUCGGUUCUGAUAUGUGUUUUUAUUCUGCUCGUUAGUCUGAGCUUCUCGUCUCUUUUUCACGUUGUGUCCCGGAUUAGCAUCAAAUCAUGAUUUCUCAAACAUGUGAGAUGGAGAGUCGGAGAAGACGUGGAGGAUCGUGGUUUUUGUUUCAGCUCCACAAAAGAUCUUUGUGUGGCCCGAGGAGUCUGUGAGCCGAGGUUUGGAGGUUUCAGGGUCCGAGCGUUUGAAGCGAAUGUAAUCCUUCUGCAAAGACAUGGAGGACAAAAUCAGCACCUCAUGUUCUGCAAUAACUCACCGUUUCAAAAGCUCACAUCAGGAAGCUCUCUCUGCUUCUACAGACGCAGAUUUAUCCUGUCAGUGACUCAGAGAAAAGGUUCGACCUGAUCCUGCAGAUGAACUCUCAGGUUCAGAGACUCGGUGAAGUUUAAUCCCUUCAUAUAAAAACAUCCAUCAGAGUUCCUCAGUUUUUUAAACACGUCAGAAAAGUCUGAAGAUUCUCAAACUCCUGACUGAUUCUCUCUCAGCAGGUGUGAAUCUCACCUGUUGAUUAAAGGUCCAAAGCUGCAGGUGAAGCUAACAGCUACAAACCGUGAUCAGACAGAAAUAUUGAACUUUAGUAAAAGUUCAGUUAGAAUCAAAACGAUCAGAGUCUCUUUAGUGACUUUAAAUCGAUUCUGGUAAAAAAGACAAUUCUGCAGAAUAAUUAAUUAUAAACGGUUCAUCGUUAAACGUCAAAAUAAACCAAAAAUAUGAACAUGUGAAGUAACUUUGAAGGUUUUUGAAUAUUUUCUGACAGUAUUUCAACAAAAAUUCCAAAGUUAUUGGACGAGUAAAAAUGAGAAAAAUUUACUUAUUCAAAAAAAAAAGAACAUUUUGUGUUUAAAUAUCUUUAAAUUGUAUUUAUAUAUUCUGCCUGUUUUUGUCAUUUUAGUUCAGAUUCAUUCAAACAAAUUAACCUGCUAAGAUGAGUUUUUUUACAGUGUAAAUUUUAGUUUAUAAAAUUUGCAGAAACAGAUUUUUGAAACCCUCUGAAAACAUUUUCAUGUUUCUGCUCAGUUACAGUAAAGAGAAAAAAACUGUUUCUCUCUGAUUUUGUGUUUUUAUUCAGGAUGAUUUAAAGAAACAUGAAACAGAAAUAUGAACUCAGACGAGGUGACGAGUUUUAAGUUUUAAAAAAACAAAACUGAGUCCAAAUACUGAACCGAGUCCAGAUCCCAGAGUCUGGCUAACGUUAGCAGAACUCGUUUACAUCCUGGUAGUAAAUGUCUGAUGAUGAUAAAAUAAUAAUUUUAAUAAUUUUAAAAGUAUUUUCACAAAAAUCAGAGCUUUACAUUUCCUUCAUUUUAAUUAAAAACUAUUUUUUUUCCUUUUAAGACGGUUAAAAUAAUCUGAUCAGUUUCUCUGUUUUUACAAACAAACUUCAGCACAUCUGAGAUUUUCUUCUGAAUGAGGUCAAACUCGAACCUGAAGUCUAUGAAUGUUUGAAAUGACUGUCUUUCUUCAGUUUUCUGUUUUUGCACAUUGAGACAUCAGAAAUAAAUGAAAAAGCACCGAGACGAAGGAAAAAUUAUGCAGGAUUUUUAUUUUAGGGAGUUGUAAAAAAAAAAAAAGUGUAGUAGAAAUGAUGUUUACACAUGCCAGAAAUUUUCAGAAAAUUACAGGAGGAGAAAAUACUAAUUUUUUCAGAAAAUUUCAGGACACAAACGCUUGUCAGAUUGUGGGUUUGAUGUGAUUAAAUAUUUGUUGGUUUAGUUGCUUCGAGUUGUUUGAGAUUAGACUUCACAGCAGAGACGAAACCACUGAGUCAGUUUCAGGAAUAAUUUCUGUAAUUUUUCAGGAGUCCUCCAAAUACCUGAUGGAAAGUUUAAGGAGUAAAUGUCUUAUUUUAACCGUGUAGAGAUUUGAUCUGUGACAGAACUGCAGAAUUGAUUGAAACUCUUCGAUUAUCGCCCGUCCUCUGAAUUUCUGAUCAAGACAAACGUCUCGUCCCUCCGUGUCGUGAGUUUCUGCAGAUGUUCCUCUUAGAAGAUCGUCGUAUUGAUCACUCAGAGGGUCAGCAGGAUGCUGCAGUAAAUACUUUGAAUCAUGGGAAAUGUAGGAUCCAGAGAGCCUUAUGACCGAAAAUUUGAAGAUUUAAUAUGAAACUCUAAACAGUUUUAUUUUAUUUUAUUUUAUUUCUUUAGUUCCCAGAUUUUAAAAUCGUCACCACAGGCGCCUCCACAUGUGUGAAAAUUUAACGCAGUUUAAAGUUUCUGUUAAUUCAUCAGUUAACGGUUUAAAAAAACAAAUAUCUGUGUCAUACGAAGGUUUGAGGAGAUUUUCAGUUUUGUGAACAGAGAAAAUAAAUUUGUGCAGAAAGUGAUGGAGAGAGAAAUGACGACAGAGAGGAAGAGUGAAGGAGAGAGAGAGAGAGGAAGAGGGAGGGAGGGAGGCCUUAUGUAGGUGAAGGGGUAAGAGCGUACUGUCUCUUUAAGAAGACCCCCGCCUCCCCCUCCUCCUCCACCUCAACCGCCCCAUCUCUCUGAUUGUUUCUUCUCUUCAGUUCAAACCAUCUGUCCUCUCUCUCUCUCUCUCUCUCUUUCUCUCUCUCUCUCUCAUCGUUCACCAAAAAUAUAUUUUACCCACACACACACACACACACACAUAUAGAUGCACGCACACACACACACACUUACUGGUGCUGUACAUUUGGAGCGAUAAGCAGCGAGGGGAAAAACGAGAAAUGAGGAAAGAAAGGAAAAGAGGAGGAGGGGGGUGUGUGGAGGUUGUUGGGGCCCGGGGGUGGGGUCUGUAUGGAGGAUGGGGCCCCUCCUGCACAUAUAUACAUAUGUGAGUGUGUGUGUGUGUGUGUGUGUGUGUGUGUGUGCAUGUACAGCAGAGCAGCAGCGGUUAUGUCACACAGCAGGACACACAGAGAGGUGAUUUUUUUAUGAGCUCUAUCAAUCUUUUCAAACUUCUCUGAGCUUUUAUUUUGAAAAACAAAAAAAAUUUAUUUGACUUAUUAAUCAGCUGAUUAGUUUUCAGUUCAGUCUCAGUUUUUAAUUCCAGUGUGACUCCAGAGAAAACGCUCAGACGUCUGUCCUGCGAACAUUAACACGUCUGAGUUUGAAGGAUUUCAGGAAAUUUUCCAGAGAAACUUUCUGAGAAGUUUUAACGAGAACAAGACUCGACCUGUGACCGUGUGUGUCCUCCUGUUUUCACUGAGCUGGUUAAAAACUGAAACACAGUGAGGGAGGAAUACGCUGCUGUCUGCACCACUCUUCACAUAGUUUAGACUUGAGGUGCAUUUAGUGAUUUAAAAACAUCGUAGUGAAAAUAUUCAUGGAGGCAAAUAUAAUCUCACUGCAGAAAUGAUUGUUUGAAUAAUCCCUGAAAAUUAUCCCGACCCUGAAAAAACUGCAGAUUUUAGGGAUAUGAAGCAAGAAAAAACUGCAAACUCUGCAAAAACAAAAACUAGUUUCAUGAUUUUCUGCUCAAGAUAAAUGUUUCUACAUUUGCACAAUUCUCCUCAUGAGUGUUAAUCUGAUUAAAGUGAUUUAGACAAAUAUCAAGUGUUAUUUUGCACAAAUAUUGAAGUGGAGUUUAAUGUCUUUUGUUAUUUCUCUGAAUCGUCUUUGUCAAACUUACUGCAGAAAUCAUUGUUUGUAUGAUUUUAAGGAAUGAUCCUUUAAUGCAGAGAAAAUUAAUGACAGUUGUGCAAAAAUCCUCUAAACCUGCAGGUUUGACGUCAUUCUGCAGAAACUUGUUUUGGAGGUUAAAGAUGUGAAACUGCAGCUGCUCUCUGCUUCAAGACUAAAACUUGAGUUUUUAUUAUUUUUGGUUUUUACUGUGACGGUCUGUGCUGCAUGAUUCCUGUCGCAGCCUUUAAAGGGUUAAUGACACAAAAUCAGACUUAAAAUGAUCUAAACUCAAACGUAAAGAUCUCUGAGAGCUUCAGUGUGAAUAACAGUGUCACUGUUCAAUGAUUUACGCCUGAAAACUCGUUUUAUUUUGAAAAUCAACUCCUCCAGAGACUCGUUUUAUUCUGAAAGUCGCUUCAGAAGCUUCCAUCGGUGACUGUUUUAGUCAGAGGGGUUCCUAAAAAGACCCCAAGUGUUAGAAAAGGAAGUCUCCUAAUGUAAGGAAAGGAGACACAAUGCUUCCUUUGAGGUUAGGACACACUGACUCGUCCUCAAGGAAAGGAGAGAAGAGGACAUGAGGUUUGAAGUUCCUCAGAUUUGGAGCCAAAAUCACUGAAUUGAUCAAUUAUUGUCAUUCAAUCAAACUGAUGACUCAUCAAAGUGGGAGGAGCUUCAACCAAUCAUUAAAUAUUAAUGAGGCUUUAUUUUGAUAAAUAAGAAUCAUCCAUAAAACUACACAACUUAAAUCUAGAGACGACUAUAAGAACCAAUGGGACGUCAGUGAUGAGGGGGGCUGCAUUCUGAUUGGUCGUUUGAUAAAGGGGCGGGUUGUUGUGAGAUUGCGGAUGUUUUCAUUGGCUGGAGUUCACAUUUCGAAAAGAGAUGAUUUUUCUGGAAGAUUCUCCUCCUCUCUGUAUUUUUUAAUAAAUCCACGCAGACGUCGGUUCAUCCGUCGGUGUUUUCUGGGAUUUCUCGUCUUUUCCUCGAAGGUGUUCGAGUCGCACUAAAGACCUGAAUCAUCCUGUUUGCAGACAUAAAACCUCCGGCGCUGAAUUAUUCACAUCAUUACAUUAUUUACCGUGUAAACUGAAGGAUUAUUUAUUCAGCGUGUUUGAAUGUUGCAGAACAAACAGACGUGUCGGAGGAUCAUGUCUCCGGAGGAAAGAGGAACAAAUAAACGGCGUCUCUUUAAAUCCCCGACAGCGAGAUCGUGGACUAAAAUAACAUUUGACUAAAAACGCUCCAUCAGUAGAUCGAUGCAUCAAACUCUUCUGCAGACUUCCCCGCCUCGUCGUUCUAAUUUAAUGAAUUAUCUUGUUAUUAUUUGGUCAUUUUUGACACUUUUAGAUAGAAGAGACAGAAAAAGAGAGGCAGUUCAGUGAACGCAGCGACCUCGACUCUUAUCUCUGCUUGGACCCUCAACCCCAAAUAUGUCUAAUGUGAAGAGCGGGACGGUUUCUUUUUAGGUGGUUAAAGUUUUAAAAUUUCUGUUACAAACCUGGAAAUUUGGCAACUUUACCCCGACUUUGUGGUUUUCUUUUAGGAAGCUGUUUUUCUGUUUGAAGAAAAAAAUAAACUUCAGUUUUAACAGGAAAGAUUUCAGCUGAAAAUGUUUAAAAUUCUUCUAAAUAAUUUCCCAAGAAAAGGAGUUUAACGUGUUUUUUUUUCAGGUGAAAGUCUAAAAGUGUUUGAAUUAACCCUUUAAGAGUCUUUCCAUUGGAACCUCUGUCUCUGUUGUUUUUAAGGUAAACAAAGUAAAGAGGGUGAAGAGUUGAGUUUAUUUUAACAUGUUUGAAUUUAAAAAAAAUCAGUUUUAAUUUGUUUUAAUGAAACUCAGAUUUUUGAUCCUUUCUAUCCUGUUAAAAACAACAUUUUUUUCCCUCUGUUCUCUCUCUGUUUUAUGACCUUUGACCCUUUACCUCUCUCUGUGCCGGACCAACAUAACACUCCCAGCAUGUGUGUGUGUGUGUGUGUGUGUAGACAAAGUUGUGUGUGUGAGGGAGAGGGAGAGAGAGAGGGGCAGAGGGGGGAGGGGCGGGGCGAGCGGGUUGCACCUUGGACUCAGAUUCUUGACAUUUUUUCAGCUGUAAUGAGAAAGAAAGUGGAGAUUAAGGAGCCUAUAGAGAAUCCUGGACUCUGAUUGGCUGUGAGCUGUUCUCUGCUGAGCUCUGAUUGGCUGGAAGUAGUUUCUAUAGUUGGUUUUUCAUAUAUGGAACUUCCUGUUUCUUUUCCUGGUUUCUCUCUGUGUGUGUGUGUGUGUGUGUGUGUGUGUGUGUGUGUGUGUGUGUGUUCUGUCUUUGUUUAUUUUCUUCACUUUUUCCUGGUGUGUCAGAAAUUCGACCCUCCUCUCAGAUCUGAUCACGUCAACCUGCUCAAACGAGAAAACUGAACUUUUAAAAAUUAGUGAUUGUGGAAAAAAAAACUUAAAAUAGUUUCAAAAAUUUUCAGAGAGUCGGUCUGCGGUCAAACACACGUGUUUAUAGUUUGUUCUGCAGAAAGAGCUCGACGUCACUCUGAUACGGUGGACGAAUUUCAGGACGAAGGACAAAAUCAAACGGCUUAAAGGAGACCACGUGAUUUAAGAUUUAAGCUCCGAACAUUUCCACUCCUGCUGUCAGUGCAGCUCAGAGAAAACCGUCUGUGCAUUAUUUUAUUUAAGAUGUUUGAGAGGCGAGUUGAGAUUUAAUUGAUACAUAAUCCAUUAUUGAUUCUAUUUUAUUUUUUAUUUAGUCCAAAAUCCGUUUCAGGUUUUCCGUGAGCGCAAAUGUCAGUCCAAACAGGCUUUCUAGAAAUCAAGCUUUUUACCUCAAUUUGAUAACUGUAGUUUUUGAGGGAUCUUUUCUGUGAGAGAGAAAAAUCUUUGAGAUGUUGCAGAAACACUCAGACAGCUGCAAGUCUCACGAAGCGAGUGGAUUUUUGUUACCGUCGUCCUCCUCAGUGUUAAACUUUUAAAAGUCCCCCCCCCCCUUCUUCUUCUUCUGCUGUCGUACAAACUGGUAAAACGAAGAUUCAGAGAAAGCGUCUCCAACUGUUUCACUGCUGCAGGCGGCGGUGGCGUCUACGACAGGACUAUUUUAGACUCAGACUUUGGGUUACGCCCCACACAGACCAUAAAAAACAGACCCAGCUGAGACAACAGGUCAAAUAUUUUUAAAGGAGGAAAUCAGAGAAAUCCUGCAGAGACGACAGAUCUGCUUUAGCCUCAAACUUUGAAGUUGAGAGUGAAGAGGGUUUCAGAGAGAGCGGGGGGUUGUUUCUGGUUCUGCUGCGUUCAUGUGAAAGUAUUUUCAGACUCCGAUUCCUGGAAAUCUGUUCAGGCAGGAGCAGCGGUGAUUCUGAUGAAGCCGUCAGAGCCGAGGUUUUAUAUUUAGCCGCAGAGUUAUGAGUUGAUUUACUCUCAAACGGUCUUGUAGUGUUUUGUGAUGACUCACUGACCGAGUGCUCCACUUUGGUUUCUGUUUGUCCGUUUGUCCGUCCGUCUGCGUCUCGUUUCCUCUGCCGAGCGUCUGCAGGAACACGAGGUGCAUCAGCUGCACUUUCACAGGAAACCAGACGAGAAGAAGAAGAUCUGCUGUUGAGAUGUCUGAGGAUAAAAAACCAGUCUGUGUUCAAUCCUGACGGUGACACGGUUGUUUACACCUGGUCAUCUGCACGCCGAGUGUUUGAGUUCAAAGGUCAAACUCACUUCAGUCCUGGCGUGUCGCUGGAAUCAAACAGAAAUAAGCGACAGUGUUAAUGUGACGUUGAAGCUCUUAUCUCGGUUCUUCAGUCAUUUAUUCAAACACAGCUGAAAAUAUGAAGAUCUGCUGACGUUCAACUGUUCUUGUCUGUGAUUGGUCACAUGCUGCUGACAUCAUCAGGUUGAUAACCAGCGUUGUGGGAGCGAGAUCUGCUCAGUCAGAGUUAGUGAAGCAGGACAACCGAACCUAACCCGGACAGAUCUGCUUCUGUUCGUCUCUCUCUGUCGUCUGGUGUGAAUUUAUGCUGCGGUCCAGUUUCCUCGGAAGUCGGAUGUCGGAGCUGGGAAUGACGCUACACCUGAGUUGACAGCGUUCCAGUAAACAAGUUGGAAAACCAAGAUGGACGCCUGCAGUUACCUGUUAUUAGCUGUUGUUUACAAUUGUCAGCUGUCACAGUUAGACGUUGGGCAGUACAACAAAUACCACUUAUUUAAUUUCACAAAAACAGAAGUGCUAAUAAAUAAAACUUUACGAGACCUUAUAUUGUUACUCUUUACUGUUGAUGAGCUGCGCUGCCAUCUUGAAUUAUGACAUUGUCGUCAAGUCCGGGUUGGCGAGGCUCAUCCAACCUUCCGAGUCAGAAAUCUGACUUCAGGGGGGCGUCCAGGUGAAUUUCCCACUCGGAGCUCGGAAAUCCUGGAAUGCAGCAUGAGCCCCUGAAAGUCUCCACCCCCUCAUAGGUGUAGACAGGUGUGUUACUUCACAGAGGUACACCAGUUUUUACUGACCGAGGUCACUUGUCUGAUUUCUGAGCUGGAGUUGAUCUUGCAGAAGUCGCUGGUCCACCGAUCAGUCCGUUUACACGUACAGUUCAGUUAUGCUACAGCUUCAUGGAGCGAUGUGAUCGGAUUACUCAGGACACUAACAUUCUUCACAUGCUCUUCUAAGGUGAAAAAGUAAUAAGUACACAAAGAACUUUAUUAUUAACUUAAUUAGAAAUCAAUUUUAGGUCUUUUGGUCACAUGACAGUGAAGCUAUUGAAGGAAAACAGCCUUUUCUGAGAACAUCAACCGGUAAUUUAUUGACGGUCCCUUAUUCAACACCAACGUUGACAGUGAGGGUGUCGAGUAGAUUUAACCGCGCUGCUGUUGUUAUUCCCGGUUAUGGAGAGAGAGAAGACACCGGUAGAUCCUCCGAGAAUGUCCGUCAGAUAUCCAUACCUGAAACUAACUUCACCACCGUAUUUACAGGAAAAUAUAUCCAACCUGAAACUAACUUCACCACCGUAUUUACAGGAAAAUAUAUCCAACCUGAAACUAACUUCACCGCCGUAUUUACAGGAAAAUAUAUCCAACCUGAAACUAACUUCACCGCCGUAUUUACAUGAAGAAACAUUUGUUUUCUUGGCAAAUUUUUUUUUAUGCACAGAUGUGACCCUAAAUACAUUUUACAAUUCGCACUCAUCUAUUUUUAGUCGCAAAUGUAAGUGAAACGGUCACACUGUCGAUCCCUGUUACUGCUCCUGAAUCAAAUUAUCGUCUACCUCUGCUACGUCAGGUGGUGGUUUACCAAAAUGUUUAAUCUGUCACUAUUUGGUUCAACUAUUACGACAGGCACCAAAACAAUCAACAAAUGCGUUAGAACGGGGCUGACAGGAAGAACUUCUAACAAUAGAAACACCCACAACUCAUUUUAGUAGAUUUGUUUAUAACUCCUGAACUGAUUUAUGCUGUUUGAUAUUUCAGCCAAUCACAGACAGACAGAGCUCCAGGUAGAUCAGCAGCUCCUGUGAUCCGUUUGGAUGUGAAGAGAGCGAGUCUCUGGUUUAAAGAUCAUUUUUAUUUUCUCUCAGUUUGAUCUUUUCUCUCUUUUCUAAAAUCUCUGACUCUUUCUUUAUCAGCUGAGAAUCUUUUAUUCUUCUCUCUCUGCUCGCCUCAUUGUUUGCAUCCUUCAACUUUCCUCCCAUGAUCCUCUGCUCCCUCCUUCUCUUCCUGCUUCGAGAUUCUCAAAGAGUUAAAAUGGAGGCGCUGCCUGCACGUCACAUGUCUGACAUACGUCUGCGGCUGCGCACAUACGUGCACACACAUGCACACAGUCGUGCACACACAUGCAGACAUGUAUGAGCUGCAGAGAGAGAGAGAGAGAGAGAGUCAGUCCCCUCCCCCCAUGGCUGUAAUGUCCUCCCUCCCCCCUCCUCUCUCUCUCUCUCUCUCUGAAGUGGGUGUGUGCUAGCCGGGGGUGUGCCAUAUCAUAUCCACUGCACCGGCUCACGUGGUCUGCAGCUCUGUGUGUGUGUGUGUGUGUGUGUGUGUGGAGGGAGGUGUCGCAGUCUCUGUGCAUUGUGAUGUUGGGUGGGAGCUUCCAGAAAAUCCUGUGUGUGUGUGUGUGUGUGUGUGUGUGUGUGUGUGUGUGUGUGUGUGUGUGUGUGCAUGUGUUUCUAGUAGAAACGAGGAUCCUUGUGUGAAAAGCAGGUCUGGUUUUCUCAGCAGAUAAAUGAAACAAACACUCUCCUCGGUCUGACGCCUGUUUUCAGCUCCAUGAAGCUCCUGAUUGACAAAGUGAGAUCACGUUUACAGGCUGGAUCUUCUCCUCUCUCGCUCACUGAGCUGAAUACUAAACCAACAGCAAAGAUUUAAAGCAGAGAGAUGAGCUGAAGUGAAGAGCUGGUCUGUCUCCUCCUCCUCCUUCUCCUUCUCCUUCUCCUCCAUGGUUGCAGAGCAGCUCCACGAGAAAUCGCUCCAGUUUAGCAGAAAUAGGGGAAAGCCUCUCAGACCCAGUUGCAGCUGAAAAUAGCACUUCCUGUCACAGAUUAGAAAAUGUCAUGCAUGAUGGAAAACUCACGGCUGUGGAUUUUUUCUGUGUCCAUCUGUAAGACGACAGAUUUCCAUCCCUCUGCAUGUUCAUCUUUGCGACCUUACAGUUCUGAUUCUGCUCGAGGUCAACCUGAAAAAGAGCAGAUUUAUUUAUUUAUUUAUAGACUUGUGUUUGGACUUGGUUGGAGGUUAUUUUAUCUGCUCAUCAGCUGUGAUUUGUUUCAUGUUGUUGUGGACCGUUAACAGAAGUCUCCUCCGAUGCAGAAACCUCCUCCUGAAAUCAGUCAAACCUUUUAUGAAUUAGGCGUUAGUUAUCUGAGAAUAGAGGGUAAAGAAGUCAGGUUUUCUGCUUUAAAUGAUGGAUAGAAAACUCUGUUCACAGUGUGAGAAAAAGUGGAUUUGUCCUGUGAAGUUUAUUCUGCAGUUUGAUCCAGUUCAGGUGUGGAAAUAAGUCUUUCGUCUUUCAUAAACCCUCCUCCUCGUUCAUAGUCGUGUGUUUUAAUCGGUUUUAAACUUUUUCAGAGCGUGAUUUUAGGAGAAGAGAUCCGGACAGACUUUUAAAUAUUCUGGAGUUUUUACGGCGGCGUUUCUCACAGAUUAGUUUGGUGUCUCAGCUCAGGAGAGAACGGAGAUGAAGUUGAUAUUUUUAGAGUUUUGUAAACUCAUGAGGGAUCGUCUGUGUGUGCAUGAGCGAAAAUUAAACCAUCAAACCGAUGAAGAAGAGGUGGAAAAGAAAUUCAUAGUUUUCUUUUUUUUAACAAGAAUAAAAUCAGUAAUCAUAAACUGUCAAAAUAAUCUAUUGAAUUGUCCUUCAGGGAUCAAUAAAGUUCUUCUUAAAUUCAGACAAAGUGACAAAAACCUCCUGAAAAUUUUAAUAAUUCUUCCACUUCUGUUUCUACGAAGUGUCCCUCUUUUCGUCGGAGGGUUUGACCUCCUUUAAGAAGAUUUAUUUAGGAUGAUUUUUGUAAGCUCGUACACGUCACUGUACCGAUGAAACAUGAAAUCAGUAAAUUAAAAACCGAGCAACACUGAGGAGGAGAAGGAAAGGCUGAAGAGAAACUUAGAGACGGACCAUUUCUCUGUCAGGUUUUUGGGUCAAAUCAAAGUAAAAUGAAGGUGAACAAAGAGACUAAAUAAGUCAAUAAAUCCCGUCAGAAACAUUUAAUUUACACGGCAGACAGGAGCAGGAAAAGUUUCUUUAAUCUGACCUCCUUUGUUUUCUCAUAAAUCACAGACAAUAACUUAAAAUUUAAGAUGAUCUUUUAUUUACUAAAAUAAUAACAGUCCUUAUUUUAUAAUAGCACAGGUAUCACAGUGUGACUGAACGAACUCUGAAAACAGGAGGAGUUUAAAGAUUUAAAAAUUAAAGCUGCUAAAUGCUUUUAAAUUUUUCUGAGUAUCUCUGAGUGACGAAUCAAACCUGCAGCGUUUGUAAAUAUUGUGUUUAAUAUUUUAGCUCGUUGUUCACAUAUUGAUUUUCAGUGUGUGUGUUUUUUGGUCUCGGUCGUCAUGUUUGCAGUUUGUUUCAAAAAGGUUAAAACUUUUUUGUUUGGUUGGAUCUUAAAAAAUCUGAAAUUAGAUUUUAAAUCAUUUGCAGCAACUCUGAGAACUUUUUAUUAUAAUUAUAAUUAAACUAGAAUUGACUCACUGGUCUUGUUGUCGUGGGUUUCUGACUGAACUGAACUCACUGGACUCUGAGUUUUCCAGAUCGACAGUUUGCAUGUUGUUAUUAAACUCCUUUUAUUUCUAUAUUUUGGUUAAAAUCUCUGAAAGGUCGUCACUUCCUGUGGUUAACUCCUCAGAAGUUGGUUGAACAUAUUUUCUCGUAACUUUGCGGCUCAUAAACUUUCAGAUUUAGUUUUUUUUAUUUAACUGAACUGUGUUUUUGAUUUAACUGUAUUUAUAUUGUGACACUUUAAACUCUAAAACUUUGUUUCCACUAAAUUCUUUGUGUUAAAAAGAGCAGAUCUGUGAACCCUGAGGUGGACCUGAGUUUAUUUUAUCCUCGUCUGUUUUUCUUCUUUAAAACAGAAUCAAGUUUUUGCAGAUACUUCUGGGUUUUGUAGUUUUGUGUAGUUUUAUUAGUUAUUUAUUUACGUCACCUGAACGUAGAUUUCCUUUUGUCGUACCUGCUGCAGCUGUGCAGCACUGGAACUGACCCGUGGAUGUGUUUUUACUGCUCUGCUUUUUCACUGUUAGAGUUUCACACUUGCACCUUUAUUUUGGUGAUCUUUGUGUAUUUUUGAUGUCGGCUUCAGAUCAAAUUUCCUGCAGAAAAUAAUGAAGAAAGAGCGAAAAGUCAGAUAAAUUCACUGCAGAAAACAAUUUCUCUGUUAUUCUGACCUAAAGAAAAACUGGAGUCUUAACGUUCAUCCUGACUGUUUGGUUUGAUCCAGAAGCACUUGCUGGAUCUUCACGUCUUUCAGAAACUCACUGAGGAUAAAAUUAUAAUUAUUUCAGAGCGUCCUGACCGAGACAGAGGGAACAGUUAACACGGUUUCUGAUGAUAAACAGAGAGCAUGCAAACCUAAGAGGUGAUGAUCAGAAUCAGAGAUAUAUAAAAACAGAGCAUUUCUUUAACCUUAGGUUCUUCUGAAGCUUCUUAAAAUCAUCUCAGAGAGCAGAUCCUUCAGUUUCAGCUGGUUUUGAAGCAUCUACAUUAAUGUUCAGUUUCACUGGGCUCCUGCAGACUUCUGAAAAUUUAAGGUCAUGAAAAGUCUUCUGAGAGGUCUCAGUUUUUUUCUGGAUGAAAUUAUAUGAUAGAUUAUCAGUGCGGUACGAUCACGUUCAGGAGUCACAGAGGAGAAGAAAACAGGAGUGUGCACGUUCAAGGAUGUAAAGAAAUGAUCUACAGCAAAAUCUAGGACUAAUUUCUAUGAUAAAGCUUUAUUUCUGUUUAUUUCUCUGUAGUUUGAUGGAUUAUUGUCUGGGAUCGUAGUGACGCAGAUCUGCAGAGGUUCUUUCUUUAUGUGACAAACUGAAGAAGUUUUUUUUUUUAUGAAUGUUUGUUGAAAAUCAGAGACAUCUCCUGGUUUCUUUCCCACCAUGAUGCUGAGAUACUGUCAUGCUCGCCGCACAGCGACUCUAUAGACUGUAAAGUGACACAUAGAGGGAUGAUGCUGCGGCUGAUUUUUAAAAAUAUUCUCAUUUUUCUGAAAUAUUUUUUGCCUUAAUUCAGAAAAAUGUCACCACGCCCAGUUAAAGAGAGAGAUUUACUAACAGGAGGUCUUUAAUCGUAGGUGUUUCUACCUGAAUCACAGUCAGUGUUAAAGCAUCAUCCAGUUACAAUGACAGGUGGUGUUUCCAGCAUAAAUAUUAUUUUACAGUCACAGGAAACUAUCAGCUUCGGUCGAUGGUCUAUAUUUGGCUGAUUUUCUGUAUCAACCUUUUAUUUUUCAGAUUAAUUAGAGACUGUGCUAAUUAGGCUCUACUGUGUCUGUCCCUCUGCACCACUUUGUCCCAUCUUUAGCCCCGCCCACAACACUGUCUGAUUGGCUGGUUGUCACAUGGUGAUGUGAUAUAACUGUGCUGAUAGUGUAACUUGUUUACUGGUAACUCCUGUAUGUUGAAGCUGCAGUUUGAUUUGACUUUUGCUCCAAGUUUGAGAAUAUAGAUGUUAUAUAUAUAUAUAAUAUAGAUGUUCACUGUCGGUCUACAUCCAAAUAUUAAUAUAAUUAACUACUGAUGUCACUAAUGUCAGACUUCACAACAGGAACCUUAAUAUGCAAUAAAUCUAUUAUGUAAAUUUUGUACAGAUGUAAAAAUGACACAUGCACAUAUUUUAUUUUAACUCAAAGUUUCUUUACUUUCUAAUUCUUGUCUUUUUGUAUGUAUAUGAUAUUUUGCUGCUGUAAUUUUGGAAUUUCCCCCAAUAAAGGGACUAAUAAAGGAACAUCUUAUGGUAUCUUAUCUGAAUGAUUAGUUUCCAUCCAAUACUUAAAAACCUUGUUAGUUUUUCAGAAUAAUUUUAACUAUUAUAGACUUUUCAGAUACAAUAAAACCUGUCAGAGGCUUUUUCUGAGAAAAUGACUUUUACAGUUUUAAGGUAAAGUAACACGACCUAUAACAACUUAUGAAACUAUUGUGUGAAAAGCUCCUCCUUAAGUUACAAUGCAAAGAAAAAACACAGAAAGCUCGACUUUAGGACAUAAAUAAGACAAGAAAACUUAACAGGAAGUACAGAAAGUUAGAGGAAAGAGGAGUGUAAAGUAUUUCAGGAGUUAUUCUCUUAGUUUGGAGGAAUCUAAACUGUGACAAACUCCAGAAAGAUCGUUGUUUUUAAUCCUAUCUCGGGUUUGAUCGUGUUUAAGUGAAACCUGUUGCUGCCUGAGUUAAUUGUUGGUCUUCACACGAACAGAGAGACUCUCUUUAGUUUGGUCCAUGUUCAUGUCAGCCUGAGUUUAGCUCCUGCUCCAGUCUGCAGCAGACUGAAGUCAGAGACUCAGACGGCCCUCUACUGUUCACGCUGCUGCUGCUGCUGCUGCUGCUCCGUGUGUCCCUGCGUGAGUGUGUCUGUGCGCGUGAGCGGAGACGGGCCCCUUUCCUCGCCGCGCUCCUAUUGGCCGCCGCUGGCCCCGCCCCGUUCCUCAGCGAUUCAAAACAAAUUGGAAGCUGACGUCACGUUCGGGCACGCAUUCGCGCACGCACGCACACACUAGCUCUUAUUUAGACAAAGCAGGAACCCCUCCCUCCUUUCCUCCCUCCUCUUUUUUCCUCCUUUUUCUUCUCCCCCAUUUUGUUUUUCGGACCCCCCUCCCUCUUUUUUGCUUUCUAUUCCCUCUUUCUAGGAAACACACCUUUUCAAAAUAAAAGACGGCAGCUCCAUUGUCCUUAAAGAGGGCUCGUCACAGUGAGAAAAUACGACCUUUAAAUCACCUGACAGCUCUCAAACUUCACAUUAACGACACUUUUAAAUAAGGACAACCUAAAAAAUACUCAAAAUGUGACUUUAGAGAAAAUCAGACUGUAGUCGCAGGCUGUGGCUGCAGGUUGGUCCUUUAAAUGACUAAUAAUGAAUACAUUUUUGGUUUUCUCUGCAGAGAUUCCCUCACAUUCAGAAAACUACAGUAUUUAAAGACAUUUUUGUACUUUGGAAGAACAGUUUCUCUAAUACCACGAACAUACUUUGCUAGAAAAAUGCAGAAAAAUCCGUCACAACAAUUUAAAGCAGGCUCAAAUGGCUGCAGCACAUUACAGUCGCCAUGACCUUAUCACAGGAGGUAAAAUCAGACCAGUGUUAAAAAUAAAAUCCUCACAUUAAUGAGGGUCUUCCUCUACACCUUUCUUAGUUUUCUGCAGCUUUGCAUGCAUCAUAAAAUGAACCUGAGGCUUUCUGUCGCAUUAAAAUUGACGCAAUAAAUACAUUUUAAAGACGGAUAAACACGUCUGCAAGGACAAAUGUCAGAGAUUUUAUUAAGAUGUUCUUAAAAGAAUGUGACGAUGUUUAUCAGUGAAAGUUUCCUGUUCUGUUCUUUGUUAAAAUUUCAGUUUUCCUUUCUGUUAUCAUUUAAGGAACAAAUACAAUUCAACAAAACUAGAAAUCUGUCCCAUAUAAGAGCAAAUGAGCUUGUUCAGUAACGUAAAUACAAAGAGAAAAUGAAAGGUCCAAAACUAAAUCACAAAACGGCUCAUUCCCUGUUCAUGCAUUUUCAGCCUGCGUACACCUUCAGUCUCCAGGUGUGACUGUUUUAUCCUGAGUGUUUUUGAAUAUUUGUGCUUUAAAUGAGUUUCUAUUACUGUGAAAAAAUCCAGUUUUCGAUGCUCAAGCUGACAGGAUUACUGAAAAACUGAAACAGAUUUUUAUUUUCUGUCAAAACCCACAUUUUUUAACAGUGUAAUAAUUAGUUUUACAAAGACUCAAUAACAUAAAAUCAGAAUUCUUAAUGUUUUAAAGUCUUGAAUGAGAUUUAGAAAAUCUGAGUUUAUAAAAUGUCUUCUUACCACUUUGGUCCUAAAUUCAAAAUGAGAUGAAGAAAACUAUAAAAACAGCACUGUUCAGUUGGAUUGGUAGAUUUUUUAAAUCUAAAACAUAUUUAUUUUGUUUUAUUAUGAACAUUUUGAUCAAAAGAAAACUUCUAGAAAUGUUUCUCAAAAUGUAUUUGGACUUCUCAGAAUUAAAAUGUGUUUUUCUGUUUGUGAGAAAGUUUCUGUGCCGUUUGAAGCUCAGGUUGGAUUUAAUUUUUGGUUUAUUUAAUGUCCAAAAACAUGAGCAUGUGGGUGUAAAAUCCUCCUGUACAUGAGCAGAGGAUGGAGCGUCAAGAUGAGGACAUUUUCAGGGUUCCUGAAUUUUAGGAAGGAUGUGUCUGAAUCAAAUGGUCAACUUAAAGCCGUAUAGAUUAAAAUUCUUCCUGAUUUUAAUAUGCUUGUUCGGGGUUUAAAUCCCUCAUUUACAGCAGCAUGUAACAAACAUUUUUAAUGACCUGCAACAGAAGAGAGAGGGGCGAGAAAAGAGGAUGUGUGUGUUUAAGGAAAUGUGGCAAGGUUGAAAAUUACCGAGAGGAAGGUCUGCAAACAUGAGGCGAAAACAGCUUUUUAAAUAAGGCACACGUGAGCUAACAGCUGUUUGUUCUGCUAAAUGUUCCUCUGUUUGGGUGUGUAAAGCUCCCAAAUUGGGUUUUUAAGUACAAACAGAAUGUCAAAAUGAUUGAAUUAAGAAAAGAAGCUAGUGUGCUGAAGCUUGAUGGUGUUUUAAAGCAUUUAGAUUUUUUCAUAGUUGACAUGUUUCUCUAAAUCUUUCAUGCUCAUGUUUCUGUUCCUCAUCUUUGUGUCUUUGGAGAAAAAAUUUCCUUUUCUCUGUUUCUCUUCGGUGAAGCUGCGGUUUAGUUUUGUAAGAAAAUGUUUGUCUUUGUCUUUGCUGGAAAUAAGUUUUGAUUGAGUAGAUAUUCUCGCUGUAUUUACACCUGCAGGUAUGACUAAAAUAAGCACGUUUAGCAGAUGCAACAUUCAAGAAUAGAAAAGAAACGAUCACUUGUCUAAAUGUGCAGUGAUACACGAUAAACAUACAUAUUUUUUCCUGUUUGAGAAACGUUGAUCAAAAGGUGAAAGAAUUAAAAAUAAGUCAGUGUUUGGCUUCAAAAUGCUGCUCUUUUAAAAAUCUGCAGGGACCUGACUGUGAGCUCUUUCUGUAUAAAAAAUGUGUGAAUGAAAUGUUCAUACAUUCAUUAAAGAAACCCUCUCACUGCUGCUUUUUAAAGAUCUUUAUUUCAGAGGUGGUUUUGUGUAUUUUUCCUUCAGAGCCAGAAGGGUUUGCAGUCUCUAAAUGACCUUCUUCGUUCAGUAGCUUGGCUUUUCCAUCCAAUUUUCCAUCAGGAUUUAAUUGUUUAUUAUAAAGAAGGCUAAACCUGUCCUUUCAUGUAGGACUCAGGUGACAGACUUUCCUCUCAGGUAAUGUUAGGAACUUAAAUAGUCUAAGAAGAAGGGUCCUUCAUUUAAAAUCGACUCCAGUUCAGCCUCGUUUUCAGCUUUUUUCCCAAUUUUUCCAGCUCAGUCUAAACUAAAUCAAUUAAAUAUUUUCUACGUGGUCUAAAGAAACACAGCAGAGGCUUAAAUUGGAGGUAAACUGCGUCUCUUUGUGUUUUAUUAUCUCUUAAAAUCGUCGGAGUUUCGUGCUUCGUCUCGUUUGUGUCGGCUGUAACUGAGAGAAGAAGUCUCCUCCUCCUGCAGAGCCGAAGGUCGGCUUUCAUUCAGCACUUUGAGGCCUCUUAAUGUUAAAACAGAGUUUAUUUUCGAGCUUUAAAUCGAGUUUUAUUCGACCACCUUUACCUGCCGCGUGCGGAGGCAGCGCGGGGAUUUAACCGGCGAGCGCGUGAGAGCUCACACCGACAGAGUCCGCUCAAACCGGGAGAGAAAAACCGGGAUUUUCCAGUCUUUACUGCUUCAGAAAGACACAGAAACCCCCAGACCUCAGCAGAGCUAUAUGUCAGGCUGCAUUCAUGGCACACAUUCUAUAGAAUACCCCCCCCCCCCCCUUUUUUUCCCCCUGCCCCCGAGAGCCCCGCCCACCCGGCUCUCCGCCGUAGUAAUGCUGCAUUCAGGUGCUGCUCGGAAACGCUUCAGUUCUUCAUCGUGUUCAUUAACUUCUGGUCUCUCUAUGGAGAAAGUCUGGAUGCUAAUCCCUAAAUGUUAGGUUUUAUUGAAGGCAGACGAGUCAAAGUGUAUAGCUAUUGGUAUUUACAACAAUAUAACGUAUUAGUCUUGCUGAAAAUUAAACUCAGAGUAUUAAGAUUACAACCACUGACACAAAGCCUUAAACUGUGAAGCUUAGACUGAAAUUAACUUUUUUUGUCCCUCAAAAUGUCUAUCAAUAACCUAAGUUAUCAAUGACAAAAGGAACUGAAAAAUGGUUUAAAACCAUAUAAGUCUGUGCAUGUAUCCCUCAAUUAGUUUUAGUUAACUCUGUCUUUUAUCUGCUUUUCUUUGGACAUUGUCUAUCAGGCCUUUAACUGUCCUGCUGAAGCUGACUAAUCUGGGUUUUAAACGGACAGAUUUUCUCUUUUGAAGUACAUACAUAAUCAAAAGUUUCAUGUUAAGUUAAUGAAACAAUAAUUAAAAGAAGCAAAGGUCAUGUACGAGGACUGUCUUGUGGAAUGAAACCCGCUAAAUACGACUUGAAUCUGUAGAUUUGUGAUGUACAGCAGCCCCUUGGCUUCUCACAUGGUAAAAACGCCACAGCAUAAAUUGUUUAGGGAAUUUAUAUGAUAAGAUAACUGUAUUUUCUUAUUUAAGUGUUUUGUAAUCUUAAAAAGUCAAAGUAUGAAUCCACAGUACACAAGUGGGCUUGUAAAGAUUACUACUACCAACACAAACUGUUAAAAUUAGACCUACAUCAGCCUUUUUUUGUCCUCCAAAAUGUUCAUUUAUGACCUAAGUUCUCAAUGACAAAAGGAACUAAAAAAUGUUUGAAUAAACCAUAUAAGUCUGUGCAAUUAUCCCUCCAUUAGUUUUAGUUAACGCUGCCUUUUAUCUGCUUUUUUGAACAUUGUCAACCAGGCCUUAACUGACCUGUAUUUGGGUUUUAUCUAGGAUCUAGUUAAGCUCAUGUCUAUUAUUGCAUGCGCUGAGGCUUUAUCAAUUUGUUUGUUAAUGCCUUUUUUAGUUGUCUUCUUACUAGUACAGUACUUUUGACAAUGCCGUUUGUUUUAGCUGGCUUUAUAAAUGAAUCUGUCUUGACUUGGUUAUUGAUACAAAGGUGGGGAAAUUUUACAUGAAGAAUACAUGUUCUUAAAGAGGCUAGUUCUACAGUGAUAAUAAAGACAUUACAUUCAGAAGAUUCAUUAUAGACUGUUUUUAUUUACUCUUUAUUUAGUAUAAGUAUUGUCACAGUAUUGUAGAAUGUGUGUACUGUGUUGUAUUGGGACUGCCUCUGGUUUUUGAAUUUCCCUCUUGGAUUAACAAAGUAUAUCUAUCUAUCUAGAAACAUUUAGGGAAGUAAGAAGCAUUCUUGUUCUCUAACAGCAGUCAGCAGGGUAGAUUCACCAUCAAGUAUUAUUAAUCAGUAACAAUCAGUAAAAAAGUAGAAGGUUCCUUUGUGGGAGUAUUUAGUCUAAUUUUCGCUGUAGUCCUGAGCUUUUGUUCUAUAAUGUUGGGCGUUCCGUUAAAAAAGCCAUUUGUCCGACAAGACUUGAACGCACCAUAACUCCCGAGUAGUUUUCACGCACUUUGUGAAUGGAGGGGCGUGCUCGUGCUCGCGCCCUCUUCUUUUAACACAUAGCAAAGCUCGCGGAGACAAAAGCCGAAAGUGUGUGCUCGUGGACGCGCACAGUUUGAAAGGUGUUGAGAUUUAACCGAGCUGAUUUUAAACGGUGGUUUUACCUGAAGACGCUGUGGAGUCCCUUUUUUUCUGCUAGUGGAGUGUGUCAGAGGAGUGGCGUGGGCGCGCACGGAGGGAGGUGUGUCUCUGUUGUUGUAGAGCGUGGGCACAGGAGCCUGCAGCUGCGACUACACACCACACCGAGCACUUCUGCACCUCUAAUAGGGAUUAUAAUCUUCAUUUUAGAUUAAGAUGAUUCCUGUGUGUCUCUCUGCUAACAGUUUAAACUGUGAAGGUUAGCUCAGGUGUAGGUUUUUAUUUCAUUUUAGGCUCAGGUGGAGGUUUUAUCAUGCUGCACUCACAUCCUACAUCUCACCACGUUCAUGUAAUGGUAGAUGUGGUCUUUCUUCCUCCUCCUCCUCAUGUGCUGGUCUCUGUUUUCCAUCAUGUGACUGCUCACUCAUUGUAGUAAAUGGGCGUUGGUCAAGAUGGCUGCCUACUGGCUCUCACAUGUCAGCCUGAAUAAGAGGAGGGGGGAGAUGAAGAGAUGAGAGUGAUGGUGUUGAAAUGCACCAGAAAAAUCUGGAGCUGCACACACUUCUGGAACAUUCUGGAAAAACAGCACAGAGGUCGGCUGACGUCCUCAAACCGGCUCAUCCUCGCUUUUCUAUAUGAAACGAGCCUUCGUGAAUAUUCAAAUACAAAUGCAGUAACCUGUUUAGGGAUAAAGUGGAACAUACAGCAUCAUUUAGGCAAGUUAUUGUGCGUAAAAUUGUUUCAAACUACAUAUGAGCUGCAUUUCAUAUUAUGCAUAUAUAGCUGUAUUCAUACCCUUGGCGUACUUUGCAGAGGUGAUGCAACCUGAACAUCCGUUUUAACGUCCCUCUCAUACAGACGACGGUAAUGGAACCCUUCUUUUAUGUCGUCUUUCACACGAGUGUUGUCACUGAAGCAGCAGAAAUCUGUUUCCAUUCAAGAAGCACGUCUUCAUAUUUAAGGCUUUUGGAUUUCGCGUUAUUUGGACCUGUGGUUGCCUUCCUGCACAAACAAGCUCGAACACGUAUCCUGUAAAUGUCAGCCCAGUUUAGAUUUGUACACCGGCAUAUUUGGUGACAGUUUGGAAUCUAAUUCGGCUCAUAACGUUUUUUGGUUACUCAAUAUUUAGAUUUAAGACCUACACAAAUUGGCACAAACUGAUAAAAGGGUUGUAUAUGAAUUUAUAUAUAUAUUGACUCUGCUUACUGUUUACAUGCAUGCUACGUUACUAUUUUGUGUUGUAUAUAGUGUUCAUACUCGUAUAUUAUCGCUUUAUUCUUACUUAUUUUACCUAUUUAUGUCUUUAUUUUUACUUAUUUUAUCUCCUCUUUCUACUUAUUGCACCGGUGACAAAGCUGUGACAAAAAUCAAUUUCCCCCCUGAGGGUUAUUAAAGUAUUUCUGAUUCUGAUUCUGGGAUGUCACACACUAAUUUUUGACAAUUACAUACAAACGUGAAUUAAGACGUGGCCUAUUAUUUAAUUAAUUUCAAAGACAUGUCAUUUAAAAUUCUCAGUUAGUUUAAUUUAGGUUAUUGUCAUGCAUUUAUUUCGUGGUUACAAUAAUUUAUAUUUUUUUUAAAUUAAGGCUUAACCUUUAUUUUUUACUCCCUUAAAAUCUGACAGAAGUAAAAAGUUAGUAAGCCUCAUGUGUAGAAGUGUUUUGGCAGACCGAUGGAAGCAAUUUACAAAUCUUAUAACUAUAAUCAGCCACGCAUUGACAUAACAUGAGUUCGACCUACACGUUGAAAUUAUGUCACAAAGAGAAUGCAUGUGCUUUGCUCCUGAAUAAAAUGUGCGUUUUUUGUGGUAUUUAUUAGAGUAGAUAGUAAAAAUACCUGUUUAUUCCACUUUUUAAUCAUUUAAUUUACUGAAUUAUAAUAACCGUCAGUUUCGUGCAGUAUGACGUUCUCGCGCUUUUGGGCUCGAGCGCCACCGUAACAUAACUGAAGCCCUCCGUGAACGUUCAUUUUCUUUUCCCUUGCUGUGGGUGUUCAGAACUCGCCUGUUUCACAAGGACGUGGCAUUACAGUCGUGUUUCCACGAGUGAACACCACUGAGAGUCCUCCACAGCCUUCCUGUGGGCCUGCAGCUCCCCCCGCCCAGCUCUGUGGACUCAACGUGAAAUGGCUAUGAGCUUCACAAAAUGGCGAGUAAAAGGAGGAGGGGAGGGGGUGAGGCAUGCUGAGGGAAGAGCUGCUGAAGCUGAUUAACGUGGGUUUGAAACAGUCAGAUUUUUUCAUUUAACGUACAAAGGUAAUCAAAAGUUUCGUGUAAAGUUGAUUAAACUACAAUUCAAAGAGGCGAAGGUUACAUAUGAGGACAGUCUUGUGGAGCUGAACCCGUUAAAUACGACGUGAAGCUGUAGAUUUGUGAUAUACAGCGGCCCCGUGAUUUCUCAUACGGUAAUAUUGCAUAAAUCUUUAAAGGGAUUUAUAUAAGACAAGUGUAUUUUUUAAUGUAAGUGUUUUUUAAUUCUAAAAAGCAUAGUAUGAGUCCACGGUACAAAAGUGGGCUUGUAAAGAUUACAACAACCGACACAAAGCCUUAAACUGUUAGUAUCAGACCGACAUCAACUUCUUUUGUCCUCCAGAUAUUGAUGAUAACUUAAGUUCUCAAUGAAAAAAGGAAAUGAAAAAUGUCUUUUAAAAACAACUCGAAGUCUGUGCAUGUAUCCCUACAUUAGUUUUACUUAACGCUGUCUUUUAUCAGCUUUUCAUCAACCAGGCCUUACACUGUCCCGUAUUUGGGUUUUAUCUAGGAUCUUAAACGUUACUACUUAUGGAAUUUAGCUCAACUCUAUUUUUGCGUGCACUGAUGCUUUAUAAAGUGAUUUUUAAUGCCUUUUUUGUUGUCUCCUUGCUAGUACAGUAUUUCUGAUAAUGCUGUUUGUUGUAACUGGCUUCAUAGAUGAAUAUGUCUUGACUUGGUUAUUGGUACAAAGGUGGGGAAUUUAAACACGAAGGAUACUUGUUCUUAAAUAGGCUAGUGUCGUGUAAAGUUGAUUAAACCAUAAUUAAAGAAGAAAAGGUUACCUAUAAGGCCAGUCUUGUGGAGAUGAACCCGCUAAAUACGACAUGAAUCUGUAGAUUUGUGAUAUACAGCGGCCCCGUGGCUUCUCUCACGGUAAAAACAACACGGAAUAAAUCUCUUAGUGGAAUCAUAUGAGGAGAAAACUGUAUUUUUUAAUUAAAGUGUUUAAUGAUUCUUAAAAAGUCACUGUAUGAGUCCACGCUACACGAGUGGGCUUGUCUCUGCUCUCAAAAUGGAGACCUCGUUCCAAAAUGGAGGCCGCCUGCCUGCUUCGCGAGCUGCAGGCGGGGUCAGAGUGGAGAACAGAGGCUGAACUUUGACCCGCACUGUUGCACCCCCUCCGCUGUUCCUCUAAAUGAAUUCCAGGACUGAAGCUCCAACACUGUGGUAAAUACACGAAAAUCACUCCUUACACGACCCCAAUAGAGCGUAGCGUGUUUCAGGAGGAAGGACGCGCUUAAAUUUAAGGACAAUUUAGAUGUUUUAAGCGUUUAAGUCCAUUUCUUCUUACGCGUGUCGUGACCCCCACCAGUAUGUGCAUUUUCAAAGAAAAUGGAGCCUAUAAAGUUGAGUCUCCGUGAGCUGGUUAGACAAACUGCCCUUCUCCCUGAUGUGACGGUGGUGAGAGAAUUUAUAGCAUGGGAAACGACGGAUUAAAACAUCUAAAUUGCAAUUACCCUUAAAAAUUCAGAUAGAGCGUUGUAUAUAAAUAUUUGUGCAAGGUAUAAACGGAGAAAUUCACUUAUUCUGGUUCAAAUAUUGCAUUAUAUAUGCUUAUUUAGUCAUAACAAACAGAUGAUGGACCAAAAAAAUCAUUAGAAGACCUAAACCAUUUUAAAAAUUAAUAUAGUAGGAGGAAAAAAUGAUCAUUAGCAAACGGCAUGUAAGAACAAAUGUAAAACCCUUUUUUAAGAUAUAACAAGUGAACUACACAGUUGGGUAUAAGUAAUUUAAGAUGCAGAGUUUUAAAAAGGAGUGCAGAAAGUUUUCUGUGAAGGCCACAGUGAAAAUUUUGCAGCACCUCCUUUUUAUUUCUGACUCAAAGGUAAUUAAAUAAUAAUCAUAAAUGUCACUCUAUUUGAACACAAUAAGGUUGUGGAAGUACAGAAAACGUUAGUGAAGGAUAUUCAUGAUUCAUUCACAUUAAUAUUGUAUACCUGAGUGCUUUUGCAGAUAGCACAGAGCCGUCAGCCCUCUCUGUGGCUUCAUUAUUAAAGUUUGAUUGGAGAAGACUCAACGUCGAGCUGAGGGUUUGUGGACCAAUGAGAUUGCAGCAAGAGCUAGGUGACCUUUCCCCUACAAAUGUGGGCCAAUCAGAGAAAGUGAUGACUGCCUUAAUGGGGAGCAUCUUACUUCUAAUUUCUGUCUGUCCUCUGUGAUUUUCCCACUCCUGCAGGACAGUCACAUUUCUUGCAUGGAGCAGGAGGUGAAAGUGUGUGUUUUAAACGUUUGGAGGUGAACAUGCAGAUACAGAAGGUGCAGAGAAACUGUCUGAGUGAUGUAUGAUGAAUGUGGUGUUAUAGGGCAGCAGCCAGGUGUGCUACAUUUCCCGUAACCUCAUACCAGGAAUGGUGGGAGAACACCCACAAUGCUCCAGUUUUCUGUCCUGUGUGAUUCAGAGAGUGUGCCCUCCUCGUACUUCCUGUCUCAUACUCAUGGACGUACAUGUUUGAAGCCCGGUGCAUCCUCUCCUCCUCAGACAUGCAGUGUGGAAAACUCUCCUCCUGCAUCAGUGACUUUUCCUCCUCCCUCCCGCCUCUGGUUUUCCUCCUCCUGCCUCUGCUGUCUAUUUAAAGCGCUCAGACACUGUUACAUCUCCUGCAACUUUGUCUCCAGCCUUCAGGGAAGCUUUGAACAAGCUGAAGGAGAGGGAGUGGAGAGGUGUAGAUGACAGGGAGGAGAAUGAAUGCUUAAAUGAAGGACAAGAAAAUUCUCUGUUGUGCGGCAACUCUCAUAGUUUUUUUUUUGUGUGUGUGUGUAUUGGUAUUUCUGCAGCGGUUGUGCUCCAUUUGCUCCCUUCAUUUGCCCAUAAAAAUUUUAAAAUCAUGUGUGCACUAAAAACUACUGAGUAUUCAGAAGGGGGCGCACAAAGAUCACCAAAUGGAAAAAAGAGUGUGUCUGUUUUUCUGGUAAAUUCUUGCUGCUUAAAGGUUGACUUUAAAGUGACCCAGAAUGAGUAUUUGGCAUAUUUGUUGGACUUUUUUUUUUGCAUAUUUUUAUCUAGGGAAUUCCCCCCUGAAAUUUUCAAGUUGCUUGUUGUCUUUUUCAUGUUUUACACCUCUAACCUGAUAUCACUUUACUUUGGCAUGCUUGUAGAGCUCACCCUGGCUUUCUGAGAGAAUUUUGCUCGGGAUAUUGUCAUAUUGAAGGAUGAAGCCUGAAAAUUCUGGGAGGUUUUCAGGAGCUUUGAGUAAAUGUAAAUACAGCGUGUGAUUGUAAGCAUGACCCAUUAUGAAACUACUGCAGUAGAUUUCCCCUGACAAGACAGACAUUAAAGGCUGCAACUCUAUCCUUUAUAAUAACCUCUAUAAGGUCUUAUUUUGGUCACAGACAGACUCAGAUUUCUAUUUUAAGCACCUGAACACACCAUAGAAAAUAUCCCUGAUGAAACGGACCUUUUAAUUAAAGAUUAAGAUGUUUGUUCAGCUAGAAACGGCUGCAACAUGUCUCUUUUAGGAGACAAACUCGGUUUACCUGAUAACACAAGUUGUUGGUCUGCUCGUACUCAGUUUUGUGUGUGUCUGAUGAUAAGCCGAAUUUCAAACGUUAGCUCCAUAGUCGUUCAAACAAAGUUCUCACUCUCUGACCGGUCUUAAGUUAAGAAAAAACCCAGAAAACUGUCAAAAUUUGAGUUUAAUUUAUCCAACACAGGUAGUAGACACGGGUGAACGACGUUAGCCAAGUGUGGCUAACGCUAGCUUGCUAGCCAGUCUCCAGGACGUCGUACAUGUCAAUAGGAGCCUGUAGUGACAGUACACCGAUGAUUGAAUAUGUAUUAUUUAACCACAAACAAACAACAAACUACUUUAUUUCCAUUUUAGAGACCAUAAUAUUAACGAAACACGACACGCAGUAUUAGGUAUGUGUUUGUUAGCAUCCUGGCGGCUAACGGCUACCGGUAGCAUGUUUGACCCAGUACGACCCGUAUUACGGACAUUUGUGAAUAAAAAUAUUAGUAUUAGUUCAAUCGAUGAGUAAAUCUGGUAAUUGUUAUACUUGGAUACCAAAAAGCCAAUUUCUCUGUUUAGAUUUAGACGUCUACUUUAACCUUAGCAGCAGAUUGUUUGAUGAGUUGUUAGGCUACAUGGUUAAUUUGGGCUUUUUUGUGUUGUUUUGUGCUGUAUGAAUACUGUUUGGCACGAAGGCUAGCCAAGUCUAACUAACUGAUUGAGGCUGAGGAGUACCAGUCCCUUCUGUCAUUAUACUCAAAGAACACAGGAGCUGUUGAUCUACUUUAUCUGCAGUCAGUUGUAGCUUGAAUUUCUUUGUAAACUGGGUGUCUUACAUUGUUACCUCAGAUAUUUGUGCAGCAAACAAUAACAGACUUAAAAAAUAAGGCUGCUGUAGUGUGUCAACAUCAGUUUAAAAAUACGUGAAAUAGCUGCUUAAAAUGAGCAAUUUCACAUCUAUUAUCACAUCUAUUACUGAUUAAAAUGGGACUUAAAUAUACAAAACGUCUGUUUUCAUUUUGGACGCUUGUAAUUGUUAUUGAUUUAUUGCCUGUCAGUUGCUAAAGCAGGCAUUUUUAGUUGGUUUGAUUGCACAGGAGUAAGAAUUUUUAGGAUCCACAAAAACAUGUUCACAUUGAAAAGCUCCUGUGGUCUGUUUGACUGACUGUCCUCACAUCUGUGUCAACCACACUGAGGUCGUGUAGAACUCUUGUCUUAACCUGAUAUCAACUCUGUCCCCUCUGCACCCGUAUCUGCUCAUGCAGCGUGUAAUUUUCCUGCAGAUAUAUCGUCCUCAGCGGUGCAGACUUAACAGCCAAUGAUGGAGGUGUUUGUUCGUGGGGUCAGAGGGCGGAGCUGUGAAGGUGUCUAAUGUAAAGGCAGCUGGUUUGGAUGAGAUGAUUAGAGGAAUUUGACUGGUAAGGAGGUUAGUAAGGAGGCUGGAUGACGGUGUUUGUCCGCCUGUUCUUCACCAUUAGCAAUAAAAAAUUCAUCUGAGAUUUUCUGCUGGCUAGAUCGCUCUUAUAAAAUAUUAACCCCCUGCACUCUGGACUGCUCCAGCCUGCAGUCAGCGCUCACUUCACACAGGGACAUUUCAGAGCAGGCUGUACUUUAGGGGCGGUUUGAAAUGGUGGCAGGUGAUGGCUAAACUGGACACCCUGGUCUCUGUCUGUGUUUCAAUUCUACAGAGUUAGAAGAGGAUGCAUUAAAGCCGAGUUGUAUCCUGGCUGCAAACAGGCCGUCAGAGCUGACUGCAGGGACUCCGGUUCUUGCUCACGAUCCCAACCGAUUCACCCCUGCAGAUUUCACAAGUAGUUCUCAGCUCUCAUACCUGCACCCUCUCUAUUUUUGACCUGGCGCUCCACGGAUCUGAUGAGCUGGGGAGGAUGUCAGACGUGGAAACAGAAUUGUUGAUUUUGUGUUUUUUUUACAGUAAAACGUUCCUAACAAACUCUAAAGUGUACACCACCACUCUGCAUCAAUAUUACACAGCACAGGGCAUUUUGAGAGCAUGAAAACACUGAGCAAAAGUGACAAAACAAAUUCAUUUCAGCACGGUUAUUGAAUCAGGCACGCAGGGAAGACGCUCCACUGCUGAAAGCUCUCUUUGGAGUUCAAUGUCAUGUAGAGAAUAGAGAUGUGCCUGCAGAACCUCUGCACACAGCUUCAUGAAAAAAUCUAAAAACAAUAACUGGAUUCACCGUGCAUCUUUUUCAGAACUAGUUAUAUCCUGAUUUUAACAUCUGUGCCUCACCCACAAAUACUCAGCUCCAGUCUUCAUGCACGACAACAGUAGUUUAUUUCCUGUGAUGCAUUUUGCUUCAGUACUUCGAUUUGAUAUUUUCCAGGGAAGCUGGAUUUGAUGGCAGAGUUGAAAACAUUAUUAAAGAUGCUUUGUACCAGCACAUUAGAAAUCUGUCAGAUGUGUUUUUGUUGUACGUUGUUGACUAAUUUCAUGUCUGCAAAAUUUUGUACGCAGUGGUCCCUCCCCUAAAAUGAGGUCGUUGUCAAAUAUGAAUGUUAACUUGUCUGGUCCAGCUAAGAGGUCUGAUGACAUCUUUAACCACAGAGCGUCUCUCACUGAGUUUACUGAGUGUGUUAUUCUGAUUUGUUCAGUGUGGACUCUGUGGUUUAUCACUCUGCUGUGUUGGUCGGGUCACUUGAGAGCCUUGCAGAGAGCAGCUAAUGCUCAGAGCGGUGAAACUCCGGAUAAAAGGCUUCAGGAAGUAUCGAUGAGCGGUGUGUAUCUGUCUGUCGGAUCCGUUUUUACGGGCUGUGUUUCAGAGGGAGAGUGUGAGUCCUGUCCUGGUGCUGCAGGAGGGACUUUAAGACCUGAUUUCUGCAGAGUGAAAACUAACCGUAAUUACAGAUGUUUGUACUUAAAUCAGAGUACUGUAAUAUUGAAAUCUUUGUCCUGUUUUCAUGCAACUUAGAAGCCUUUCCUCGCUGUGUUCAAAGCCACUGAACUCCACUGACAGAAACAGUCAUUUAACUGACUGAACUCUGGAGUUGCUGGUCUACCUCGGCCUUCUGUGGAGAGUGUUCCUGUUCAGACGGAUUCAGCCCACCUCAGAUUGGUUGGUUCGGGUUAUCGAGUGUAAUCGAUGAUUUUGCAGAUCAUCAGGUGGAGGAGUGAUACUCACAAAAUGAGCUGCAGACUUGAAAGUACGAGACGCCCCUCAUUCUCACCCUCACCCUCAGACCCGACUCCCCGUGGACCCUCUGUCUGGUCUAAGCGCCUCUAACCCUUACCCUCUGACCUCUCUGAGGAGCAAAGCCUUUCUCUCCUCCACCUCCUCCUUCAGGACCGAACUCCUUUUCUUUCUCUCGUCCUCUCUUUCUCUCCCUCUUUCUUCUCUCUGGUCUUUUGUUGGAGCUGAGUCUGGAUUAAAUGCCUUCACAGCUGAGGGAACCUCAACAGCUCCGGUCUUUACCUUUGACUUAAAACAUUUUCACGCUGCUUUCACGAGGGUUCGUCUCUGCUGUAGGGGGUCUCAGAGUGGGUUUUUGUUGUUUACCCCCUGAGCUGUAUCAGACGUAUGUAAAUAAAACAAAAACAACCGAUACUGAUGAUUCUACAUUUAAUAUUAUCGUUCUUGAUCAUGACUUGAGGAAGGAGGACGUAUGCACAUCUAAAAUUGGUGAUUCCAGGAUUAAACCAAAGCCGUGCAGGACGACGUGCUCCUGUGCUGAGGGCGUUUUGAGGGCGUGAUGGUGUAACUGCUGUUUACCUGUCAGGUCAUACAAAGGAAUCAGAAACUAAAGACGAGUCGUCAGCCUCACUUUGAAAGAACUAAGAGUUUGUAAUUCUGUGUUUUAGCGAAGAGCUGCAGUGUUUGUGCAGGAGUUUGCAAAGUACUUGAUCAAUCGCUCAUGAUUGGGAAUAAAAUCGACAGAUUAUUCAGUACAAUUUACGAUCAUGCUAACACGGCGGACAGCCCAAAAUGGCAGGAGGCCCAACAUGGCGGCCCACCCUCAUGGAGGUGAAAGACAAACGUGUUAUAAAUGGAAAAAAUGACAUGAGUGAACGAGCGAGUAAGCAAAUGUGAAGGACGUUGUUUUGUCCCUCGUCCGCCCGCCCAUUCCUGACCUGUUGCUAUGGUUUCAGCCAAUCAGGGAGGCUGUGGGAUGGCAGGCGGCAUCAGCCGGGGUCAAACAAGUUCAGUGUUGGUGGCGUGAUGGGGGCUGGGGUGUGCAUGUGUUUGUGUGUGUUUGUGUGUGGGGGUCAUGGAGGUCUAUGUGGUGGAAGUUUCUCUGGUGGAGGUGUGGAGGUUUUGUCGCAGGUUUUUGGGGGCGGAGCUUGUGAUUAGAGCCGAGUAUUGAUGAGGAUCAAAGGGCUUUCUUUAGGGAGGGGGCGUCAGGUAUUUCGGACCACAAAGGAGUAUUCAUGCGUGCUGCUGCAGCCCCCUGGGGGGGCGAGGAGGGCGGGGUUUAUACGGAGGUGGAGGUGGGGGUCGGUUGUUGUUGGGGUUCAGGCCCAUUGAUGCUGGGCUGGGUGGGGGUGCGGUAAGGAUGGUAAUGGGUAGUUAAGAUGCAGCGCUGCACUGUUGCACAUUUCUACAUUUCAAUGCAAGCAGAAAGGCCAGGGGUCAAAGGUCACUGCUCAUGCAACAGAUGAAAAAAAAGGUCCUGUUGGUGUCAGAGACCCAGAUACUGUUCACAGAGUGGGCGGAGCCUAAGUCUGAUUUAAUAUUUGAUCUGAUGGUUCACGGUUUGAUGAUGAAGUUUCCUGACGGUGAAGAAACAGAGAAUUCAAGAUCAAAUCAGUGCAGCUAAAUUCUCAGCUCCAUGGAGAUCUGGUCGAGCAGGACGCCAUCCCGCUCUUCGCUUUCAUUCAGUCGUGUUCGCCAAAGCUCGGAGCCAAAGCUCGGUCGUGGUUGUCUGUAGAUAUUAAAGGAUGGAGGGUGAAAAACGCUCCCGUCUCCCUCGUACCUUCAGCAUGAAAAAGACGAUUCUAUCGGCACAAAAUCGAGUUUUUAGUGAAGACGGAGCAUUGAGCGGCACACCCUGUUGGCCUGGAGUGUAAAUAUGUUUGUGUUUUAACUAAAGUGUGUGUGUGUGUAAAUACACCACAUGCCUUUAUUUUGACCAAAGCACCUUCCCCUUUUUUACACCAAAUGAAGUUUUUUUAGAUGGUUUGUUGCAGAAAAGUCUGUUUACAGUUGCAGUGGAUGCUAACUGAAGAUAAGACAGGGUGGAUUUUAACAGGGUGAGCUCAUAUAUGCGCUCGAGGAUGCUACAUGAUGCAGCUCCAUGCGUUUUUUAUACUUUGAUUACGUGCAUAAAAACCCGCAGAUGUUUCGGAUGCUUCGCACAAACUUAAGACAGAAACAACAGCGUCAGGUAUUAACUACGUCUCCAAAAAUGAAAUGUGGCGCUCGACUUUUUCUGCAGGAUUCUCCCUUUAUAUAAAAAAAAUACUGUGAACACUGAUCAGCAAAAACACACAGCAGAGGUUGAUCCAUCUGUGUGUUCGCUCUGGUUUUGAUAUGAUCUUUUUAACCUUCAUUGAUUUUAAUUUUCUUUACUAGUCUGACAUAUUUUAUUGAUUUCUUAGAAUGUUUUAAUUAUUGUUCUGUAUUUUUUUAACUAUCUGCUGUUCCUGUCGGUCUGUUCUUGGUGAAGCACUUUAGGCUGCAUGUUUGCAUGUUUUUGUUUGCAUACAGAUGAAACAACAAACCACUUUGGCAAAAAAGGAGAUUUAAAGUAACGCUGCAUCAGCUUCCAGAUUAUUAACCCUAACACAAGAGCAGCUCAUGUUUCUGACUUUUAUUUGGCUUCGAUGCUCCAGGUAAAAGUCGGUCUGAGUUUUGCAGUAAUUUCUUUUAAUUAAAAUCUCAAACGUCAGAGUCCUCAGCAGCUUCUGUGAUGCAGCGUUUUGAUUUGGUGGAGUCCAGAUGUGUUUGCUCUCUGCAGCUGUGUCUUUGUGUGUGUGUGUGUGUGUGUGUGAGUGUGUGUAAGUCUCUAAAAGUGUGUGAAGUUGAGCGGUGGAGAUCUGACAGAGUUUGAAUUCAGUGUUUCGAUUUGGUAUCAUGACGUCUCAUCGAACAGACUCUCCUCUAAUCUGCUCCUGUUUGUCUCUCAGGACACGUUCAGGCUUCAUUCAGAGGCCUCCUCUUCCUCUCGCUCGCUUUAUCCUUAAACCCUCAGCCUGACACACACACACACACACACACACACACACACACACACACACACACUGUGCACUGUGCGGUAGUCUUCCUUCUUUCUCCUUCUAAUCAAACUUCUUUUAUUCUUCUUGGUGUUUCUUUAAGUUUCUAAAAAACUCAUCGUUGUUUCUUCUUCUUCUUUUUGUCUCUACAGGACCAGGAAACUGCAGAUCAGAAACAUCCCUCCUCACCUGCAGUGGGAGGUCAGUUCCUCUUCUCCGUAUUUGACACACACACACACACACACACACACUUUGGUUAAACAUUUUGGUUUUUAAACAUUUGAUAAGCUCCCCUCAAAGUCAAAGCUGCGCCUCCGUAGACGUAGUGAGGUGUGAGUGUGACCUCCUUCCUGCCUCCUGACCUACGACAGGACGGUGGGAAUCAAAAAUCCAUGAGAGGAUGAAUUAAAUGAGUGAAACUCGCUCUGAGCUCUCGGUGGAAAUAAGGAGUGAAGGAUGAAUCUAAGAGGAGCUCGCUGAUCAGAAAUAAACAUCCUCUAAUCGUCGCUCAUUGAUCGAAUUAUCUGUUAACCAUUCUGCGCUCUAACCUAUCGAUUGCCGCUCACUAAUUGUUGGAGUAAUGUCGUCGAAGCUGAUUGGACGACACACACGCAGUAUAUUAACCUCUGACGGCGUUAUAACAGCGAGCUAACGAAGAGUAUUCGAUCCUGAUGUGAGACUGUUUUUACACCGAAUGAAACUCUGGAGGAGCUUUAUUUUGAAAAAUGAAUUAAAUCAGGUUUUAAUUUUAUUUAGAGUUCAUUUUCAGGAAAGUUUGAAGCAUUUUUAACUUUCGUUUUGUCUUGGAAAUGAUUCAUGAAAUUUAGGACAUGAUGAGACGCUCUGCAGGUGACAGAACGUGGUGAUAUUGUCAGAACAGGAAGCUGACCGCUGCAGGUGUGACUGUGGGGGUGUGACUCACUGAGAGGGUGGGCGUCGUCAGGUGAGGCUGAGAUGAGUCCAGGUGGGAGGAGAGUUCAGACCAACAUCGGUGGAUCAGUCAGUCAGAGACCAUCACUCUGUGACUGAAACUCAAAUCCUGAAGUUUCAGGUUAAUUCAGAUUAAAAAAUGAAGGCGCCACAUUCAGGGUUUGAGUCUGUGCAGCAGCAGCAGACAGGAAACAGUUAAACACUUGGAGUAAAUAAUUCAAGUGUUUUAUCCUCAGUGCUGCAGGGCAGAUUAAAUGUUGGCACAACAGAAACAGCAGCGUGGAAACACCGUUAACCGAACCGGAGACGUUUGACAGGAUUUAGAUUUGAUGAUUUUUCUGUGAAGAAAAGGAAAAUUUCAGUCAAAUCUGUUCAUUCAUUAAACUGGAAACGUGGGAGGAUGAGUCGGCUCCAUGUGUUCAUUGUUUCUGUGUGUUAUUGUUUAGUGAGGGUGUGGCACGCUCCCCUACUCCUUUUGGCAAGCUCCUGCCUGUGGGAGUGGCUCUGCAUGUGUGUGUGUGUGAAUGUGUGUGUGUCGGAUCAUCUGCGCUCCUCUGGUGGUACCGCCUCUGUCCACACGGAGGCGACGUCUCCUGAGAGUCUGAUCCGAUCACAGUGUGACGAUGAUGAAUUAAAGACGGUUUCUGAGGAAGACGCAGACAUGUGAGGGUGAAGGAGGAGAGAAAGAGGAGGAGAGAAAGAGGAGGAGAGAAAAAGGAGGAGAAAAAAAAGGAGAGAGCAGAGGAGAGUGUUUGAUUUUAAAGCAUGCAUGUGGCCGACAUCAGGUCUGAGGUAUUUCUGAAUAAAACAGAGACUUAUUCACUCGCUAAGAUCAGAGUUUCUGCAGGUCGACCUCUGCAGGGAUCCUCGAUAUAUUAUCAGAUACAGAAGAUAAAUCUGACCGAUGCAUCUGAUCUGAAAACGUUAAAACAAGAAAUCUGUUUGUGCAUCAGAGUUCAUCAGAGAAUCCUGCUCACCUCCAUGUUCAGUAUCACCCUCUGUCAGAUUAUCAGACAGUGACGCUGAGCUGGAGCGGCGUGCAGGAUCGUCGUGAGAGGACUGAAUGUUCACGCUGGACUUUUCCUCAUGAAUUCACGUCUUUCUGUCUCCGUCUGUCUCAGGUGUUGGAUGGUCUGUUGGCUCAGUGUGGAACCGUUGAGAACUGUGAACAGGGUAAGACACCAGAGAUCCAAAAACCAGAGUGAACUGCUCCCUCAAAGCUUUUCCAGUCAUGAAACUUUGAGCUUCGAUGAAAUCAGAGUUUCCUCGAUAAUGGAGUCUAGAAACAGGACUCUGUAUUGUCUGAGAAGUUUAAUUGUUUGUAUUUUAGUUCAGCAAAGACAUUUUUUUAAUCAGUUAGUGAGUCUCUGAUAAAAACUGAAACACAUUAUUUCAUUUUUUGUUCAUUUUUCUGAUUUUUAUCCCUUUGAGGUCAAAUAUGAGGAAAAUCAUGAAGCUGUUGUCCACGUUCUUCCACCAAACUCAUUAAAAGUGUUCAGUUUCAGCGGACUUCAUGAACUGUUUUAAAUGUACUGUUAAAAAAAAAGUCCUGCUGGUUCAGUGGAAUUAAUUUAAAGUCAUGAUCUCUCCUCACACGUGCACUAAACUCCUGAAAACUCUCUGAAUCAGCUCCACAGGAGACACAAAAAACAGCAGGAGGUUUACACAAACCUGUUUUUUAGUCCUGCAGUAAAAUUCCUGCAAAAACCUGAACAGUCAGGAAAAUUCACUGCAGAGGAGUUUAACAUGAAAACUGAGAGUUAGAGGAUGAAAAAGGAGAAACAUUUUCAGGAGGAGGUCCGUCUACUCUCAGCGUUCAUUUAAAUGUUUAAACUGUUGUUAUCAAGUCGGUCUCUGAUGAGUCUGAUGAAAUUUUGGAGCCUGAUACCCCGAAUUAUAUUUCCAGAAAUCCCCAGAGGUGCCUGUGUGAAAGAGGAAAGUUCAGUUUUCAGAGAUUUGUAAAAACUUUGGCCUCAAACACUCAGAUUAAAAAAACGUUUUCUUCAUUGAUCCAGAAAGUCUAAAUCAUCCGUCGUCCUCCUCUUCACAGUUAACUUCACUCCUAAUCAGUCCUUAAAAAUGAGUUUGUGCUGCAGUAAUCUGUCAUCUGAUUGGACUAAAACUAACCAAACCUCCGGUUCUGUGUCUGAUCGUCUGUUUCUUCCUGUUUCUGUCAGUCAACACAGACAGUGAGACGGCCGUGGUCAACGUCACAUAUGCAUCCCGGGAGCACGCCAGACAGUAAGUUCACACGUCACACUGAACUCUGUGUUUAUGAACGAACAGAUGAGCUGUUCAGGUUUAAAGGUUUGACAUAAAAACAACAAAAUAUGAAGAAAACAAAAAAGAGUAAAAGUCAGAAAAUCCAGAAAUUAGUUAAAAGAUUUCAGGAAAAUCAAACUCUCUAAAUCACAUUUUCAAAGUUGUUAAAAUUCAGAAAAAUCUCAGGGAGACAAAGAGUUUCUCGAGUCUCAGUUAGGAUGUGAGGUUUGAUCUGUUUUAUGUUCCACGCUCCACGGAUGACAUCUAGUGGUCGAUUAAAGGAACUACAUCUUCAGACUGAGUGGAGUUUGUUUUCCUCUCAGUUUGAAGAAUCGUGUUUCUGAUCAUGACUGAAAUCCUCCGACUCUCCUGCGUUUCCUCUCAGAGCGAUCCAGAAGCUGAACGGUUAUCAGUUCGAGAAUAACGCCCUGCGGGUCUCCUACAUCCCCGAUGAGAACUCAGAGCUGGAGGGGGGUCAGCGGGGGCCUGAUAACGGCCGGCGUCCCGGGUACGGUCCCCGAGGCGGCCCCAGAGGAGGGUCCCCGAGCUCCGGGAUGCCUCCUAAACCUCCACACGCUGACAUCCCUCUGAGGCUGCUGGUGCCCACGCAAUACGUCGGCGCGAUCAUCGGCAAAGAGGGCGCCACCAUCAGGAACAUCACCAAGCAGACGCAGAGCAAGUGAGGAAAUACAUGAGUUUUUUUACGGGGAUUUCACCGACAUUCACGCAGUUUCGAGGUCGGACGUGAACUUUCGAUUGAUCGCUAAUCCUGAUCAUUUUCUGCUUCUGCAGGAUCGACGUUCAUCGUAAAGAGAACGCGGGCGCCGCAGAGAAGCCGAUCAGCGUCCACUCCACCCCUGAGGGCUGCUCCUCCGCCUGCCGCAUGAUCCUGGACAUCAUGCACCAGGAGGCCAAAGACACCAAAACGUAAGUUUACUGAGAUAUCAGGAUAUUUAUUGAUCCUUCAGAGGAGGGAAUCACUCAUAACUUUAGCCUUGCUAGAUCAGUGCGCCUUAAAAACGACCAAAAACUCAACGAGUAGACGAAGAAGAAUGAUAUGACCAUUUCCUCAACGCCGUCACAUGACCCCUCGCUCUUCCCUGUUUCAGCGCUGACGAGGUUCCUCUGAAGAUUCUGGCUCACAACAACUUUGUGGGACGCCUGAUCGGGAAGGAGGGACGCAACCUGAAGAAAGUGGAACAGGACACGGACACCAAGAUCACCAUCUCACCGUAAGACACACUCACGUGCACACUCUCACACACACACACACUCACACUCACACACACACACACGCACAGGUGAACUGAUGGUCUUCGCGGUCUUUGUCCAGUCUGCAGGACCUGACGCUGUACAACCCGGAGAGAACCAUCACCAUCAAAGGAUCCAUCGAGGCGUGCUGUCAGGCCGAGAUCGAGGUGAUGAAGAAGGUCAGAGAGGCGUACGAGAACGACAUCGCCGCCAUGAAUGUGAGUCAGCGCGCACACAAACACACAAACACACACAGGAGUCCCUCCUCUGUUCCUUUGUUGUUAAAUUUUCCAUGUUUUCCCGUUAAAUUAGUUUUUUGAUUUUUCUUCUCCGCCCGUCUGUCGCUCUCCUUCUCUGACUCUGCAUCUCCUUCUUCGCAGCAACAGACUCACCUGAUCCCCGGGUUAAACCUGGGAGCGCUCGGCCUCUUCCCCUCCUCCGCCAACAUGCCGCCACCACCUCCUGGAAACGCAGCUCCUGGCGCCCCCUACGGGUGCUUUGGUGUAAGAAACCCUGCUCUGUUGAAUCACUGUGAAGCUCAAAUGCUUCAAGAACCCGUUUCACUCAAAGAUGAACGUCUGUUUAAAGAUUUUCUCCUCCCGUGUGUCUUCAGGCUCCAGAGCAGGAGACGGUCCACGUUUACAUCCCCGCUCAGGCGGUGGGCGCCAUCAUCGGAAAGAAAGGACAACACAUCAAACAGCUGAGCCGCUUCGCCGGGGCUUCGAUCAAGGUGAGUCUGACGGGAGUUUAAUCAAAACGGUUGUUAGUCGUCCAAAAGCAGAUCAUGUUUCGAUGAGUCGACAGGAUUAAACGUCUCGGUCGUUGGUCUCCUCUCCUGCAGAUCGCCCCCGCUGAAACUCCCGACAGUAAGAUGAGGAUGGUGAUCGUGACGGGACCCCCUGAGGCUCAGUUUAAGGUAAACUGUGAAUAUUCAAUAGUCUUAUUUUGAUUUAAAAAGUUUUACCUGCAGAAUCUGAACAUCCUCAACAAAACUCUGAAAGUUUCUUCAUGUUUGACAAACUUUGCAGGGUUUUUACUUUUCGUUCAUCUGAAUUUAGAGAGCCAACUCUGAAAUUUUGGACUAUUUUAAUGAAGUCAGGGACAUGGUGUGUGUGACAGAAAGAGUGUGUCUCUGUGAAACUGAAAAAUGUUCCUCAAAGACCGAGACUCUCCUCACACCUCCAUAAAUCUGUUUGUCCUCCUCCUGCAGGCUCAGGGCAGAAUCUACGGCAAACUGAAGGAGGAGAACUUCUUUGGACCGAAGGAGGAAGUCAAACUGGAGACUCACAUCAAGAUGGCCGCCGCCGCUGCAGGAAGAGUCAUCGGCAAGGGAGGCAAGACGGUGAGCGAGCUGAGCUUUACACGUCAGAGCGAGCGGUAAAGUCCUCCACUGUCAGGUGUGUAACCAGGUGUGUGUGUGUGUGUGUGCAGGUGAACGAGCUGCAGAACCUGACGGCAGCGGAGGUGGUCGUCCCACGAGAACAGACACCUGACGAAAACGACCAGGUCAUCGUCAAGAUCAACGGGCAUUUCUACGCCAGCCAGGUGCGUCAAAUGUUGUCGUCCCCCGAUGGUUGUAGUCCUCAUGUCUUCAUGUCUUCAUGUCUUCAUUACCCCCGAUCUCCACCUUCAUUCUGAUCGUCUCCUAAAAGGUCGUAUCCUCCGAUCGUAGCUGAUCGUAACCAUUCAAGUUAACGUGUCAAUUUACACCGACUUCUUUCCGUUCCUCUGCGGAUCGCCGGACUCCUCAGCUGAUCACAAGAGUUCUAUUUUUUCUGGAUGCCGGAGCAUGGCGGAUAAAUUCAGCACAGAUUAACCCGUGCUGGAAAGGAAGUCGGGCACAGACACAAAAUAAAACAUCCGGCUUCUUUUCAAAAUAAAACACUCCGUGUUUCAGGAGGAUCGUAUUUCACACCAUGCAAACGGGCGGAGACGAACAAGUGAAAGGUUUUUAGACGUCAUUUCACCCCGAUGACACCAUGGAUGAGGAGAUGCUGAUUCUAGAAGUCUAGAAGUAGAUUUCCUCCUCUGGAAGGACACAAUCUACUGCUUAUAUGUCUAUGUGUCUGUCUUUAGAGAGACGACUCGUUAUCGUGAGAUUGAACGUGAAUCUGCGAGUUCUUGUGAGUUCUUGUGAUUCCGUAAUCCGCCAUGAAAUUCGUCUCACAAACAGAUCCAGUAGAAAUUGGCGUAUAACGAAAAUGGCCGCCAUUCCGGAUGUGGUGGAAAUUCCGGGUUCGAGGUUUUUUGAUGUUUUGUCGUGUUUCUCUGGUUUUAAAAACGUGUCGUCUCCUCCUCUUCUUCUUGGUCCUCCAGUUGGCUCAGAGGAAGAUCCGGGACAUCCUGACCCAGGUCAAACAACCACAGAAAGGCGGGAUGGGCAUGAGCCCCGGCCCCAGCCCCGGGGGCUUCACGGAGAUGGGACUGAGUCAGGAACACCAGCCUCGCAGGAAGUGA